AUGGCAGCGGCGCCGGCGAUCUCCUCGGCGGGAGCCCAGCAGGAGCAGCCUGCGCCCAAGAAGAUCGUGGCUCCCACCGUGUCGCAGAUCAACGCGGAGUUCGUGACGCAGGUGAGCCCCCCACCUCAGACCCGAAGGGAGCAAAGGGAUCCGGAAGAUACUGGGCUCAGGUGGAGAGAGAUCUGGGGCUCGUCCCCCUUUGAAGUGGCACAUGAGGGAAACCCCCACGAGGGAGGAUCCCUUUAUCUAUUGAUUGCACUUGUCUCCCACCUUCUCUCCCCCCCCGAGGAGGUUCUUCCCUCGCCUUUCAUUUAACCCCCCCCAAAAAAAACCACAAUCCUGCGAGGUAGGCUAAGGUGGGAGGUCCAGGGUCGCCCAGUGAGCUUUUAAGGCCCAGGAAAGUAUUUGAACCCUGGUUUCCCAGGUUUUCGGUCUGUCACUAACCACCAGGCCACCGUUAGGAUUAUAGAGGCACUGCGUCUCUGGGUAAUCAAUGGCUAAGGGUGCUGUCCUUUGGGUUUGUUGGUUUGUUUGUUUCAUGAAGUUUGUUGGUUGCAAGAAGAAAACACCUCAAAAGCCGUUUACGAAAAGAUAAAACCAGGAAAAGUUUACGGUGCGUUGAAAUACAGUGGUACCUCAGGUUACAGACGCUUCAGGUUACAGACUCCGCUAACCCAGAAAUAGUACCUCGGGUUAAGAACUUUGCUUCAGGAUGAGAAUAGAAAUCGGCAGCAGGAGGCCCCAUUAGCUAAAGUGGUGCUUCAGGUUAAGAACAGUUUCAGGUUAAGAACAGACCUCCAGAACGAAUUAAGUACUUAACCUGAGGUACCACUGUAUACAAGAAGUUAAAACAUUAAAAUAGAUUAGAAUUCGCACCAGCAUUUCUAAACAUCUGGAUUGUUGUGGUGGUUUUUAUAUUUCGUCAUACCCCACUUUCCCCCCUGUCAGGGACUCAAGGAGGCUUACAGAUAAAAAUAAGAACAACGAGAAACCAUUAAAAGCAGUUAAACACUGGUCGAAUUGAAACUAUGUCCUGCUCGUGGGUUUUCCAUAGGCACCUACCCGGUUGACCACAGUGAGAACAGGAUGCUGGGUUAUAUUGGCCUUUUUGGUCUGAUUCAGCAGCACUCCUUUUAUGUUCUCGUAGGAACAGUGCUGCUGAAUCAGACCGACAUUUCAUAUUCUAAUCCAGCACCUGUUUUCUGCAGAAGCUGGAUAGAUGCCUCUGGGAAAGCCAAGGUAAAAUAUGGAAUCAGUACAGUUAGACUAGGUGCACUGCCCCGGAACAUGGAGGUUUUGUUGAUGAUCACACUAAGGCAGGAUACCUCAACCAUGUUUCCUGCAAAGCAUCAUGUGUCCAAAAGACCUUCUGUCUUCAGUGUCAAAAGUAUUGUAUUUGUGGGUGUAUUGACCAUUAGGCACAUAUGACUUGUUUCUCCCAACACUGAACUUUGUAUUUAAUAAUAAAGGAAAGCAAUUGUUCUAAAUACCCAUGGACAACAAUUAACACCAUGAAGAAAGGUCAUUAUUAUCAUCUGUUGAUUGCGGUUGCAUAUAGUUGCAGUAAGCCUUUUGACAGGCACCAUCAUUUUACUGACUGAUAAAAUGAAUGGCUGGAGCACACACAGAGGAUAUACUCACUGUACUAACUGGGGAGGGAUUAGGACUGUGCCCCCAAAGCAGACCAUUGUACUAGUAAGAUAUUUUGCCUUAUAAAUCAGGGCUCAAAAUAAGAAUGUCUGCCGGUCCUUUUUCAUUAUUAAAAAAUAGAGCUUUCAACAAACUGGUGUGCAUGCCACUCACCUAGAGGAAACUACUUGCUUACUGCAAUCUGGCCCUAUAAUGAGUAGCUAGCUCAGCCUUUAUCCACCUGGUGCCUUUGACAUUGAACUGCAAUGUCCACCAGCCCCUGCUAGCACUGGCCAAAACAUCUAGAGGGCAAAGGCUCAGCAGUGUUUGAAUAUUCAAGUUAUUAAACUAUUAUUUAUAAACGUUUGGAAACCAAAGCACAGCUUCUGAUUGGUUGCAGGAAGCAGCCAAGCUGUAGCCCCGUCAGACAUUUGGCUUCCAUAUAUAGUUCACAAACCGAAACAGUCGCUUCUGGGUUUGCGCCGUUCAGGAGCCAAAAUGUUUGAGAACUAAGCUGUUUGAAAGCCAAUGUACGACUGUAUAAAACCUUGCAUCCUAACCCUUUUUGUACACAGAGGGAAAGUAUGGAAAUAUUCUCAUGUUAUCCUAUAGAAUGGAGGUUUGGUUAGAAUAGGCUAGGACUUCUGAUUGUAUAUUUUAAUGGAAUGACCUUUUAUCUUACAGUUGGCAAACAAGUACUGGGCACCACAUGUCAAGAAAAGGCUACCUUUUGAGUCGAAGGUAAAUGCUUAAAACAUUGUUAGUUCUAUUUUAAAUUGGUAGUGCAAUAAAUCCUAGAAACUCGUAUUUAAAGUAAAAAAAAAAAUUACUUUGGAUUACAGAACAGGAAGAAUGUUGAUUUGAUUUCAGCACUUUGUUUAAAACUGUACAAAUAAGGCACCCUGACAGCAGCUUUUACAGUCUAUUCUAUAUUUGCUGCUUAUAUAAUGGAAUAUUUUGUCAAACCUCCAAAGGUUCCUUGAAGUUUAUUUUAAAAACCAAUUUGAUUUCAGUGCAUAGAUUAUUAUUCCUUCCCUGCACAGUCUUCUUAAUACUUCUGAUUUCAUUUGUUGAAAACAUGACGCAUUAUUUGUAGUUUUAAAACCGUGCUACUGUGUUGAUGGUGUUAAAGAAUUCAUCUCUGAAAAUGCAUGUUACUGAAAAGAGGAGAUAAAGGAGAGCAAGAUUUGUGCUGCAUAUCUUUUUCUUUUUUCAAAAAACCCUCUCUCUUUCUUUGUUGUAGGUUAUUGAAGAUGUGUAUGGAAAAGAAAUUGUUAGGUCCAAGUAUGUAUACUGCAUUUUCUCUGUUAUCCAUUAUCAGUAUCAUAAUAGACACAUUUUUGACUUUUCAAACAGUGAAGUCUCCAUAAAAUAAGUGUCCGAAUUCUGUGUAUAUAUAUGCUUUUCUUGCAUAAAUUGUCUUGCAAGGACAAUUUUUUAUUAUUCCUUAGAAAAAAUACAGGCCAUAGUUCAGUGCAUCUCACCACUGAUUAUGAGCACCUGUCUAGAAUUUUUAUUUAAUUAAAAGAUUUAUAGUCUUUUUCUGUCUUUAUGAGUACAGUGGUACCUCUACUUGUGUUCACUUCCAGUUACAUAUCCUUUGGGAUACGUACGUGGCAAAUCUGGAAGUAUUUUUCCGGGUUUCACCGUGCGCGUAUGCCCAGAAAUGGUCCCUCCAGUUGCGGAAACCUUGGGAUCUGGUCAGAGCUCUGGUAUGGAUCCCGUCUGCAACCCGAGGUACCACUGUAAAUCUCAUUCAAGUUGGCUUAUACAAUAAGAGAGAAAAAUACAGUUUAAAACCAUAAUAUAAGACUUGCAACCUUCAUAUAUCCCAAUGCCAUCUGGACUGAAUGAAAAAGAGAAAUGCAGCUGGGAGUUGUUAGUUUUCUGAUGACAUCUCUGAUGGCAGUUUCAUGUUAACAGUGAAAGCUGGUGCCCAUCACAACUGGUAGGGAAGAAGGGAAGGAGGUCACCAGCCAUAGACAAUAAUAUUCAGAACCAACUAAUUCAGGUUUUGUCCCCAUCCUUCACCCUGUAACACUAAGACUAAGGAGGAGAAGGUUGAUAGCCAAUGCCACCUGCUGAACUAUUUGUAAAUGGGGACAGACAGGUGGGAGCUGGUUGAGGCAGACUGAUAUUGAUGGUCCAUUCAUUCUAAUAGACCAGCCUCUGCUGGAUGUUACAUAGCAUGGGAGACAGCAGAGAACCCAGCAGUGAUUUAUAUCACAAGAGAUGUGGAGCAAUCAAAAGUCCAUCAUCAGCACCAUAAGGAAUCUGCUAUCCAAAGCACAAUACCCCUUGAGUUCAAAUAUACAACAUAAGGUAAACUAAUUUAGGCAAGAGUUGAAAUGUUAAUUUUUCCCCCUGCCUGUGAUUUCAGAUUUGCGAUUAGAAAAAUCAUGCUUCUGGAAUUUAGGUAAGUGUUUUUGGAGAAAGAAAUGCAUUUUAAAAUGAUAAUCUGCGGUAGUGUCUUACUGGUUCAAAAAUCUCCUUUGCCAUAAAUUUACUAAUUGGCUAUUAGCAAUCCACUAUAUCCCAGCUUAAUCUCCACAUCCUCCAUCUGCAAGAUGGAGAUGAUAAUUUUGUUUGUUUGUUUGAUACAUAUAUAGCCCACCAGAAAACUCAAGGCAUUGUCACAACGACCCUGUAAGGUAGGAUAGACCAAGAGACAGUGACCGGUUCAAGAUCACCCCUGAGCUUCAUGGUUGCCUGGGGAUUUGAACAUGGCUCCCUAGUCCAACACUAACCACUGUGCAAUCCUGGCUCUAUCUCUGAAUAUAUCUUACAGGGUCGUUAUAAGGAUUGCUGACAUAAUUUGUAUGAAAUGCUUCAAACAUUCUAAUUUCUGUACAAAUAAUAUUUGUAUUUACCAUUACUAAGGCAAGGAUGAAAUACCAUAGCUGUUUGGAAAGAUAAUGUAGCUCAUUCCUUCACCUGGCCAUAUCCCAGUGUGUCAUAAGCUAUAUAGUUGAAACUACAGGAAAUACAAUGUUAUGCCAGCUAAAGUAUAGGUUUUUGUUUAACUCUUCCAAACUUUUAGAGAAAACAAAGCUUCCUCCUGCUUCGUUUUUUUUCCUGUAAGCAGUGAUGACACUCUGGGUGUUUUAUGUAACUUUGUUGAAACCUUUGCUUUUGCACUGAGCCUGUAAUGUACAGUGGUGCCUCGCAAGACGAAAAGAAUCCGUUCUGCGAGUCUCUUCGUCUUGUGGUUUUUUCGUCUUGCGAAGCAAGCCCAUUUAGCGGUUUAGCGGAUUAGCGCUAUUAGCGGCUUAGCGGGCUUAGCGGAUCAGCUGAUAAGCGGCUUAGUGGCUUAACGGAUCAGCUACUAAGCGGCUUAGCGGAUCAGCUGAUAAGCGGCUUAGUGGCUUAACGGAUCAGCUGUUAAGCGGCUUAGCGGAUCAGCUGAUAAGCGGUUUAGUGGCUUAACGGAUUAGCUGUUAAGCGGCUUAGCGGAUCAGCUGAUAAGCGGCUUAGCGGCUUAGGAAAAAGGGGGGGGGGAAACCCGCAGGAACUCGCAAGACAUUUUCGUCUUGCGAAGCAAGCCCAUAGGAAAUUCGUUUUGCGAAGCACCUCCAAAACGGAAAACCCUUUUGUCUAGCGGGUUUUCCGUCUUGCGAGGCAUUCGUCUUGCGGGGCACCACUGUAUAAACUUUUAAUGGGAUGUGAUCCUUGCCCAAUUAGAUUGAAAAACCUCUGAGCCUUUGCUGGAAGAAUGGAGAUGGGCUGGGUAAAUAGGUCUUUGGAUGGAACACAAAUAAAUUUUCAUAAUGGGGCUUGGAGGAGCCUCGACAUGUGCUAGAUGUAGAAAAGGUUUGUUGUUUUGGUUAGGGCAGUGGUUCCCAAACUUACUCCUCUCCCAUGGACUACUAGAAAAUCGUUGAUGGUGGACCACGUAAAUAUUUUUCUGCUGGUAGUGGCAAGCGUAAUGCAGAGGGAUAGAGGCAGUGGUAUUGUUAUUGCUUCUUCUGUUUAUUAUAUUGUAAUACAAUGUAUUACAACUUGCAUUCCAAAGAUUUCAAAUUAUAAUACAGUAAGAUACAAUAUAGGAAAUUUUAAAACCCCAAUAUGAAUAAAAUUUAAAAAUCAGUAUGAAUAUUUAAGGGGGACAUGCUGCAGACCAGCUGAAUGACACUUGAAGAUCACUGGUGGUCCACAGACCACAGUUUAGGAAACCCUGGGCUAGGAAGAAGCAAGUUAUAAGAUGCUGUAGGGAGGAGGGGGAGUGCAUGGAAGUUAUUUGUGGCCACUCUAGGUUGAAUAUCCUCAACUCCCAAAUAGGUUUUUGAUUUUGCUUAUGCUUGUGAAACCAAGUUGUCCUGCUUUUUAGCGCAUUCGCAAGUGUCCAUCCUGUCGAUUCAAUUUUUUCCACAAUUCAUGUUUUAUUUGGUGUAGUAAUGACUUUCCUAAAGCCUUUCUAUGUUAGGCUGAUGGCUUUUAUUUCAAGAGACAGGAGGCAUUUGCCUUUGAGUACUAAAGCAAGUGUCCGCUAAAGUGCGUGUCGCAAGUAGGAGGGAUGCUUAUUCUUAUUCUCCUUACAAAAUCAGCAUGAAUUAGUGUUCAGGCUAAUGUAGUGCUUGUACCAAGUACAUGUAAAACUUCUUUAAUGAACAGAGUGUUCCAGAGGGCUAAUUCAUGUGCUGUCCUCACUCAGAUUGAUUUAAAUGGCCCUGGUAACUUUUAUUGCAGUGACCUGUGUUGGAGGCGACAUUGGAAGCUACGUACAAAUCAUAUAGAUGACUUUUUUAGUUUUUUAAAAAGAUCAUUAUGUUUCUUGUCCCCCGAUGAAUGACAUAUUAGAUGGGUGGUAACUCUCUUGUCUUUUCACUUUUCACAGCCAGUACCUUGAAAAUUACUUGUGGAUGAAUUAUUCUCCCGAGGUGUCCAGCAAGGCUUAUUUGAUGUCAAUCUGUUGUAUGGUGAAUGAAAAGUUCAGGGAGAACGUUCCCGCAUGGGAGGUAAUAGACUUCAAUUAUAGCCUGCAGUAACUUUGAGCCACAAUUUGCAACUUUCACAUUGCCCACUUAAAGUGUCGUCGCAUGUCAGAAAGCGCAAUACCGGCUGUCACUGUGCCUCGUCUGAAGUCGUCUGCCGCGGCCUUUUAAAACAACAGCAGGCUCCUGUUAGAGAAUAGCAAGGGACAGUUGAAAGGUUUCACAGUGGAAGCAGGAGAAAUGUGAAAAGAAUUGUUUCAGUGAUUGGAGGUGUUUUCUCUGCGUUGUGACUUGACAAAGUCUGGCACUUAAUGGCGAAGUUUUUUGUGCUGUCAAAAGAUAAUGGCAAGAGAAAUGUUUGUUUCUGUAGGACAGCUUUAUUGGAAACUGGAGAACAAGUUUGCUUUGGGGCCAUUUUACAUUAUCAAUAGUUUCCAGUCUCCAUGGUUCCAUCUUCCAGUAAUGCUAAGAGACAUCCUUACAUUAAGAGGCAUGCCUGUGGUAAUGCAAUGAAGCGUUCUUUGGGCAGGGGGUGGGAGCAUAGUGACCUUGGUGGAGGCAGAGGAAGGAAGCAGCAAUACUGCUAGGAUUUUUGGAAUGGGGUCUUGGUUUCCAUUUGGAGCCAAAGGAGAUGAAGUUGGAUAAUACACAUUUUUGUUAUGUAAGUAGCAGCCUUGAGAGUUCCAGAGGGGAAGUAAUAAGUUUUAACUAAUUAUUUCCCUGACAUAUUCCUGAUUUUUUAAAAUUAAAAAAUGCCUCUCUGAAGCUGCAUUUCAAGAAAAGCUUCUGUCAGCAUAUCUUGUUUGGGUCUCAGUUUAUUUAUUUAUUAUAAAAAGCCUUCAAUUUUCUGUACACGGUCUAUUUCUACUUUUACUUUUUGAGUUUUCACUGAUAACCCAAUUUCUAUCAUGCUGCAGGACACAGGUCUGUUGUGAGUGAAUCACUUCUGUUAUUUGCUAGUUUGCCCCCAUUGUGAUCCUUUGUACAUUCAGAAAAAAGAUGUUGUGCUUACCCCUCAGCUGGGUAUAGAAGUGUGGGUAUUGUAUUUGGGUACUACCCAACUAUUUCUCCUCAAGAAGAUAGAAGUGAUUGGUCUGACUCCUGCUUCUGUCCCUUAACACUCUUCAGCAAUUAUAUCCAGUGUUUAAUAGGAGGAAACCCAUUAACAGACCUAAAUAAUUUUAGUCCAUUGAUUUCAGUGGAUCUACUCUGAGUAUAACUAAUAUUGAAUAUCACUCAUUGUCUUUUGCAUUGUUCAAAGAUACAGCUGUUGUUGGUGUUCAUCACCAAAUUGCUUACUGUGAAGCACAAACGCUACAAUGCUACGAUUCCUACUACAUAGCUAGUUCUGGCAGUAAACCUAUGAGCAAAUGGCCAGUCUGUGCUUGCCAACAGCUUACAGUUGUCAUGUCCAGUGAGUGCAUUCCCCCACUAUGCAUCCACACAGCAUAGAAAUAUGAAAAAGAUGUUCCAUGUGAGCUAACUUCUGACUUUAUGUUCCCCUUAGACAUUCAAAAAGAAGCCAGAGCACUUUCCGUUCUUUUUCAAACGUGUGCUGGAUGCUUCCUUGGCUGAGAGUGACAGCGAGUUCUCUCUGCAGGAGCAGACCAUACUCCUGCUUUUCCUUGACCACUGCUUCAACAGUCUGGUAAGCUUUAUUCUUCAGAGAUUUGUCAUUGUUGUCAUUUAUGGUGUGUUUGGCAAAUAUGGCAGUAGUGUCCAUAGUCCUGUCUACUCAGAGCAGCCUCUUCUUGUUAGCAUGCUGUGCCUUUCCACAUUCAGUUGCACAGUAUUCUUCUGAAGGAGUCCUCUUAAGUGGCAUUUAUUACGCUAGGAUUCCAAAGAUCCAUUUAGAGCCAUUCCCAAUGCCUGCUCCUCAACUAGAGAUUGUAUUUCUCUUAAGGAUAAAUCAGAGCCUAUGUUUGAGCAGGUUCUGCAGGUGUUCCAAGACCUCUUUCACUGGGCAAAUAUUCAGUAGCUAAGCCCUAGGAUUUAGUAAGUGGGACUUUCAUGAAAGUGUCGUAUUGCAGAGUAACUUUUGAUCAGUGUUCCUGCUAGUCUUGUCCUCUUUCAGGCUACUCUAGCCUCCCUCUUCCUCACCUUCCCCACCGAUAUUUUCUUUCUCAGUAGCCACAUUGGGCUACAUAGCCGAUAGAACUCUGCAUCUUUGUUUGCUCUUAGUAUAUAUGAUUCUUCAAAUGGACAGUUAAGUUUUCCUUUUGGUUAGCAUUUGGCUUUAUAGAGGCUUUAUAUAGUUAUGACUCGGAAGCCACUCCUUGCACAGAAAAUUAUAUAGACGCAGAUGAUAACCCCUUAACAUCAUAUCUGCAAAAAAAUUGACCCACCAAACGAAGUGCAUUAGUGGGGAUUUUUCUUCUUUUUCCUGCUUUUGGAGAACUGACAAGCCAUGAUUCGUGGCUCACGGGCCGUGUUUGGUUUAUGGAAUACUAGUGAUCAUGGCCAGCUGUAGAUUAUUUAUUCCCCUUUCUUCAUGGAAUAGAGCUUUCCUGACUUACCACUGCAGCCUUCCAAAAGCCAUUCUGGAGGGUUUGGAGGCCCUCCCAGUAGAGCAUGGGAGGUGGCAUGUAGAGGCUGUAGUGGGAAGGGAAUUGCCAAAAGUUGGGGGCACCCCUUUUUCCUUGUGCAACUAGAAGUGCCUUUCAUUUGUGCAACUGUCGUUUUGAAUCCAAGCCUCACAACCAUACUAAUAGCCUGUUCUGUUUCUUGCAACAGGAAGUAGAUUUGAUCAGAGGGCAAGUCCAGCAGCUUAUCUCCCUGCCCAUGUGGAUGGGCCUGCAGCCUGUAAGUGUUUCAUAAAGAAUGCAGGGAACCUUUGAAGCAUCAUGUGGACAUGGAGGUUCACUGGACCAUUUCUGCUGCAUUCUAAUGAACCGUUGCAUGACAGCUUCUGCUGUCAGAGAUUUAUUGCUAUUUUAAUCAGCGGUUUUGGAGACUUUUAAAAUCUUCUGCCUUUACAAUGGGCAAGCGUAAGUUCUUGUUCAGUUUGGGGUUUUGAAAUUACCUUUGGGGCACCCAAAUUAGAUGGAUGGAAAUACUAGAGAUCUAGCUCAUCAUACUAUUAAGAAUUAAUUGUCUCACCCUUUUAGGCUCGUCUGGCACUCGAAUUGAAAAAGACAUCAAAGCUUAGAAAAUUUUGGAAUUUGAUCAAGAAGAAUGACGAGAAAAUGGAUGAAAAUACUCGGGCACAGUAAGUUUAAUAGUAUUGCUUUAAAAAAAAUCAUGUGUGGGGAUUGUAAUUUGCUGUCUGUGAAGAAAAGCUGUUUUGGCAAAGGCCCAUUUGUACCUCAUGCUGCUUGGGGAAAGCAGGAGUUGGACUGACUAAGACCCCACAUCUGCUUGCCAUCUGGGUAUAGUGCUUAGUGGAUGUGAUACAGUGCAGCUGUACCACAAUAUGUUCCUGCAUAUUAUACUGGCAUACUUGGUUUAUUCAUCCAGUACUGACACAUGAAAUAGACUGACCAGGAACCUUCCCCAAGUAAGCCAGGUUGAAAGACAUGCAGUAAGACAACUGCUUAUGUGAGAACAUAAGAUGAGCCUUGCUGGGUCAGAACAGAAGCUUAUCUAGUCCAACGUUCUGCUUCCUGCCAUGGUCAACCAGAUCCAUCUGGGAAGUUCAUAAGCAGGAUGUGGAAUCAUGUGUUGUUGUUCUUUAGGGCAUUUCAGGAAAGAAGAUUCCUUUCGCAACUGAUCCAGAAAUUCAUCUCUGUAUUAAAAUCAAUACCCAUUUCAGGUAUGUAGUGCAAAUUGUAAGUGCAUGGGCUUAUGCAAGAGACCCUCUUCUCUUUUACCUUGCCCUUUCCCCAAAUUUAGGCAUCCCAGAUGAAAAUGUGAUUUGUGCCGUUUCAGCUUAUUGCAGCUUAUAGUAUCUUGGAGGGAGGGCAUGCAUUCCUGCCUUGAGAGCUAGCUCCAGAAUGGGAGCAAAAUCAGCAUGCUAUUAAAUGCACAGGAGUUCUAUUCUGUAGAAUACAUUAUUUGAAAAAUUCUCCUCAUUACACGACUUUGUUUCUCUGAUGCAAAACAAAGGGAGAUUUCUCUGAACCCUUUUGUGGGGAGUUUUUGUUCUUGUUGCACUGUGUAGAAUUUGCUAGACUGACGUAGUGACUUUACUUUUGACGUGAUUCAGUUGAAAAGCAGUCAAACAGAUUUGCUAAAUAUCGAAAGGGAACUGUCUUUUUUUAAACUAGCUUCAGUUCUUCAAAUGAAUAGGUCACUUGUAAUUUCUCAGAAAACUACUUUCAAAUUCAGCGUCGCAUUGUAAGUUUGAAGUAAUGGCAAGUCUUAUUCAUGCAUAACUUAAGAGUCUGUGCUUGCCCAACUGCAAAUUAGCUCUCUACUUUAAACAUACUUGGCUUCGCAUUAAAUAUUAUUUGGUGAUUAUUUUUUAAUAUCCACCAGGAUUUCUCUCCCUGCUGAAAGACCCGACACCUCAAGGAUAUCUCUCCACUGAGGGUUUAUUUUUAGAAUAGACAAACUUGGCCUGAAUAUUUUCUGCUUAUACAGGGAAUAAUAAUUCUUAUUUUCUGCGGCCGCUGCCACCUCCUAAGUUUUGAGUUGGAAGUAAGGUAGGAGAAUGCCAGGGACCUCUUUGGCUGAGGAGCCCUAAGAAACCUCUCUUCACUGCCUGCCCAGCCUUUUGGCUUCACAGCGUGAAAAUCAUGUGGGAAAAGUGUUGGAAGCUGUUGCCUGAAGGUGAUUUGUGCACCUUCAGAUACCUGCUCCCAACCUUGCAUACUCUCACCCUGUCUGACCUUCCCUUCUGGAAAUACCAGGUCAGUUGGAACAUUGGGUACCGUUGCCUUAAGGUGCUCUGUUCAGCUUCAGGCUCCCCAUGUGGAAUGCUCUCUCCAGGGAAGUUUGCGUGGCACCUUCAUUAUACACCAGGGCUUUCCAAACUUGGGUCUCAAGCUGUUUUGUACUACAGUUCCCAUCAUCCCUGACCACUGGACCUUCUAGCUAGGCAUGAUGGUAGCUGUAGUCCAGAAACAGCUGAAGACAGCUUUAGGCACCAGGCGAAACCAUCCCUCUUCAGCCAGGCCUUUGGCUGACCAACACCCUAUAUCCUUUUAAGUGUGUUUGUGGGAGGGGUGGUUUUUGCUUUCUUCUGUUUUUAUUAUGUAUUUUGUGGUUUUAUCUUUUAUUUUUAUGCUGUGAACCGUCCUGAGAUCUGCGGAUGAAAAGCGGUAUACAAAUUCAAUGAAAAAAGUAAAAUAAAAAAUAGUUGUGGCAGUCCCUGAUGUGCCAGAAGAAGGAAAAAAAGGCAUUUUCCUUGGCAAACUGAACUGUAAUUGAGGCACAAAAAUAGAAAUUGUUUGGCCAUCUCUGCCUAGAACCAAGGGUCUUGAAAUAACUCUUAAGCAUCAGCAAAAUUUGAUUUGGAUGCAUUAUACAUCAGUUCCAGGAUUACUUUUUUAAUUACCUGUAUUUACUUCUAGGUCCUCUCUCUAUGGAUAAAGUGCAUUACUGUGAAAGAUUCAUUGAACUCAUGAUAGAUCUAGAGGUAUGCCAAAUAUGGGAUAAAUAUAGUGAUCUACUGUAGCAUCUAAGCCUCUUGAAUAACUAAAAUAUGUGCUGCGUUAGUCCUAGUGUUGAAGCAGCUGACUGAAGUAUGUUUAACUCGCACAUAGAGCAUAGGAAGUCCUCUUAUACUGAAUCAAACCUUACACUGAAUCAGAUCAUCAGUCUGUAUAGCUUAGGUUUGUCUACACGCUGACUGGAAGCAGCCUUCCUAUGGUAUCUAUAUUGUGAGAAGGUCCUAGCAAGGCUUUCAAAAUCGUUGUUAUUAUUUUUUAAAAUGCCUAGCAGCAUUCUUCUGGAUUUCCUGAAAAUUUCCGUUUUGAAUAGCGAACUAGUUCAUGCAUCGGUAACUGACAGGAAUCAUAUCACAUAUGACUGCCUUUGUUUUAUUUUAAGAUGUGUAAAAUUAUUUCAGCAGCAGAGACUCUGUAAAAAAGUGUGGCUGUGUCACCCACUCUGGAUGCAGUUAGCUACGAAGCUCCACGGCUUUAAUCUUCAAUAGAAAUGUGAUAUGUUCUCAUAUUUGUUUGCUCUGCUAAAAACUCAAUGUUUCCAAGGAGGGACAUGGCUGGUAUCAUUGAGCCUAUCCACUCUGAACAGGAUUCUGGCCCCAGAGAGAGGGUAUGCAAGAUAUUCAGCAGGGAUGCUGCUGGAUCGUAGCCAAAAUGCCAAGCAUCAGAACAUUUCAUGUAGGUUCAUUCUGCGCUAAGGGCAUUACAGGAGAGUUAAAGGAGUUCAGAUAGUUUCUGAAGCCUGUUGUGCUGAUUGGAACUGGCAAACCAGAAAUCGUCUAUAAAAAGCCAUCACAUUUGUUCUCCUGUAGCUUGUCCCAUCUGAACAGAGUGUCUUUACCUAUACUUAAGAUCCCUUUUCUUCCCCCAGGGCGUUUCAGGGUUUUGUAUUCAGUUACAUCUAUAUUGUGAUUGAGGCUAAACUGCCGGAGCAUUUCAGCGAUUAGCAUGACUUUGGUGGAAGUGAGCCAUGUGCUCCCACCAGUUCAUUUUUUAUUGUCAAUAAAUAUGCCCCCCCCCCCUUUAAUCAGUUCAGGCUUCUCAUUGCCAUUAACUGUGCUCUGUAUGUCUAAAACCUUUUGACAGUUAUGGCCAUAUAAGGUGUUUUGCAUUUCUUAUUUCAUGUAUUUCUGUAGUAUGGAGCUGUAAUGAUCGAAAUAGCUGUAUUGCAAUAGUCUAUUGACCCCCAGUUUCUGCUGCGGUUUUUGACAUCUGACAAGGAGAUAUUUUAGGAGGAUUUUUAAAGAAAAGAAACAUUUUUGUAAUAUUUUAUUAAUGAAUAAUUUAGAAAUUGUUGUUUAAAUGAGAAGGAGAGGGCUUAAUUCUUCACAUGGCUGCUCAGGAGUAAAUCCCAUUGAAUUCAAUGGGACUUCUCUGUUUUUGGUUUUGUGUUGUUUCUGAUCUUUGUUUAAAUUAGCCCAUUGGGCAAGCCCUGUGUGCAUUGCACAGAUACUACUAUCAAAAUGGAUAUUGCAAGGACCUCAUGACACCUAAUCACUACCACUACCACCUUUUUUUUGAAAGCACUGAAUUCUAACCAGUUUUCUAGUUACUAACAGCCUCCCAAAUGUUGACAUAUAUGUGAUUGUUUAUUUUAUUAUUAUUAUUAUUAUAGGCCCUACUUCCAACACGACGCUGGUUUAACACGAUACUUGAUGAUUCCCACCUCGUUGUGCAUUGUUACUUAUCCAGCCUAGCCAAAAGGGGCAAGGAGGGUCAUCUUUUCUGCCAGGUACGACUCGCUUUGAUUUUGCAGAGCACUUCUUUCAGCACCUCAAAAUCCUCGCUAGCCAAGGCAACACAACAUUAUUACCAAAAAAAAUACAGCAUCACAGCUGGAAAGUGAUGGUUGGCAACCACUGCUUGCUGUUGGCCCCUGUUGUGUUGCUUAAUGAGAAGCAUGUAAUACAGGAAGGCAGCAUAGUGCAACUACAAUGGCUAAACAUUGCUGACUUUGGGGGGGACACUAGAUGGAGAACAACUAUGGCUGAAGCAAUUUUGUUAAACCUGCUUAUAUUUGGGUUUUUUAUGCUAAAGCCAAUUUUAAAAGUAUGGAUGAGCUUUAGGGAGCUGCACCUAGACUAGGGGCAAUUAUUGGCACAGCUCUCAAUAUUACCUGCAAGGCCAUCUUCCCACACCUGAGAUCAUAAGGAGCAGGUAGAGAUGCGGCUGGAUCAGCUGCGCAAUCGAGUUCCCCCACUGCCCAUCAGCUGCAUCACUGAGUUCCUCUUGGGGAAUUUGAUUGUGCAGCUGAUCCCUGCACAAAGCAGCUUUGCCAGCUCUAUGAGCAUUGGGCCGGCAAAGCCCCUCAUGCUACACUUUCAGUGCCUGACAACCAGCCUCCUUUUGAACACUUGGGAAGCUCAGUGCAAGGGACUUUGGCAGGGGCAACGGGCAACCCACCUGUCCAUCUUCUGGCGCUUUAAUGUUGUCAGGUCAGGGUUGCCCUGCAGGGGUGGGGACAGAUAACAAUCAGGCCUGCUGGGCCUCAUCUAACACACACACAGAAGUGUAAUGUCAGAAUACAUUUAAACAAAUGUUUACUGUAUGUAUGACUAAUGUUGGAUGUCGGCUCACUCAUGAGGUGUGUGCAUAUUCUGGACGUGAUAAUACAUCCUUUACUUCCCCUUUGGUAGAGGGAGAGUAAUAAUGGAAGGGUGAGAGAAAACAUGAGGAGCAAGGUUCCAGCUUCUCCUCACUAUGUUCUCUUACAGCUGGCUUGUAAUGGACUGAAAAAUGAAAUUGCCUUCUCUAAGCAAUGAAAUGAUACAACUUGUUUUGUUUGUUUUACAUUUUGGAAAUAAAAUGAAAUAUCCCUCGACUAUAUAGUCUUGGGCCCCAUGUGGUGGUUGAAGACCCUGCUUUUCUGUAUAUCUAAUUUGUCACCAUUUUGUUUCAGCUUUUAGACAUGCUCAAAUUCUACACUGGUUUUGAAAUUAAUGACCAGACUGGAAAUGCAUUGACAGAGAAUGAGAUGACUACUAUUCACUAUGACAGAAUUACUUCCCUCCAGGUAUUUAACGGCCUCGGGUAUAACUGAAGGCUUUCACAGAGGUGUAAGAUUGCUUGUCAGAAAAGGGGUGACGACAGACUUGGGGAGGAAACCACCUCAUUUGGAAGCCUGGAAAUAGUGCCAGUUUCAUGGGUGGAUAUGUCUGUUCUUAAUAUGAAUAAAGUACUGUUGGUAAAUAAGUGCUCAUUCAGGAAACUUUGAUGUUUGGGGGCAUGUCCUUGGUUUAGUAAGUGGAUAGUACUGAAAGUCAGCUGCCAAAGCCCUGUGCAGAUAGCCAGUCCGUCCAGGCAGGGGGGAAUUUGAAUCAUGCUGGCAUUCCCCAACUCCCACAGCGUGGUGUAUUGUCCCUCUCCUGAUGUUUGCAUUAAGCUUCAUGUUAACAUAGCAGGCAGUCCAUACAUACAGAUACAGUAGGGUUUGAAAUGUUUGGCCCCUCUCCCUUGUAAUCUUUGCAGCUUCUGUUAGAAUUAAAAUAGCUGCCGUGUCUUUUUUGUUCCGACUGUUUUCUUAUCAACCACCCUAUCCUAACCAGUAUUCAGAAAAAAAUGGACAUCAUUGAGUUGCAUCCAACAAAGUUGCAUCCAUUCAUGCCUAUAUAUUGGGAUAUCCUCUCCACUUCCUGCAUGCCUCUUCCCCAAGUCUGUUUUGGGGAUUCCCCCAGCCCUCUAAAGCAGAUUUGGGGGUCACACACAGAAAAUAGAGAGAGAGGUGGGGACGAAGUCUUGUUGUGCAGGGUGCAGGUGGAAGUCCUUGUGCUAAUGGGACAGCUUUGUUGGUUACAGCCCAUUAUAUGGAAGUGUGACACAGUUCUCAUGUGUGAACUCAGAUCCACCAAUGAUGUAGUCCUUGCUGUGAGCUAGCCUUACGCUAUUUGUGGGGGUUUGUACUUGGCCUGUUAAAUUGCAGAGUGUUGCAUAAGUCACGUUGCUGAGUAAAGAUAGCAUUUGAUUUCUCAUCCGGGUUCUUGGUUGGAUUCUAGAGAGCCGCCUUCGCACAUUUCCCAGAACUCUACAAUUUUGCCCUCUCAAAUGUAUCUGCUGUAGACACACGUGACUCCCUCAUAAAACUUUUUGGGCCUCUGAGGUAAGUUACAUUUUAAUUUCUUUUAUUCUCAUCAUUUGCUUCUUCUGGGUGUGAAUGAUUUGGUGCGGGGAGUAGGAAAUCCUACAGGUUCACCGUGAGUUGCUGAUUGUUUGAGCAACAGUUAGAAUUGGAAGCCCCCUUUAACAACAACAAAACCACACCACAGCUUGGUUAUUCUAGUAAUAAUUGCCUAAAUAAACCCUGAAAUGUUUGCCUAAAUAGAAAUAGUGGCCACCUGUAGUAACCAAGCAGUAGAUAAAUUUAAAACUAUGAUUCAGAGAAUCAUGAGUGAUCUCUUGUUUGGUUUAUCCAAAUAAUAACUCCCCAACAAAAAUUUAAGAGGGGUGAAGGGAGGGAAAACAAAGCCAGCUUCUGAAAGGCAGUAUCUCUUAGUAUAUGUGUAAAGGCUAUCUGGUUUAUAGCCUUAACACCACUGUUUGAGGGUUUCGUAUGUCAAAAGAAGUUGUUGAAUUUGUCUGAUUGUAGGUUGUUUUUUAAUUAAAAAAAUAUGAAUAAUAAUCUCUGUCAAGAAUCCUUUCAGUGUUAAGUUCCUUGCAUAAGAGCAAAGAGUGUUAGCUAAAAUGCAGAAUGGCCUAGAUCAAAAUCUUGGUCAGUAGGCCACACAAAUAGUUAUUGUACUUUUUGGGGGGAGGACACUGACAGAAAUUCAAAGCAAACAGCUCCAUUUAUUAAGCUCAAGCGCUAUGUGACUUUUGCUUUAUUCUUUUUUCUUCAGUCCAGAAACACUCCACCAGGUGGCAUCCUAUCUCUGCUUAUUGCCAGCCCUACCUGAAGAGGAAAAUACAAGCUAUGACAAAGAGUUUCUGCUCGAGCUGCUGGUAAACAGCCUUAUGUCUGUCUUUGCUGGGUCAAGCUGUUUUCCUUCUGUACAAUGAUAUCUGUGAUGUUGAAUAGGACACCAUGAUUCUUUAUCAAGGCAUUAGAGGGCAGGCCGGGAUUUUUUCCCCCCCUUCUGCCCUUGGGUUAACGCAAAUUCUGCACCAGAGACUCAGUCAUAGUCUGGGUCGGGCUGCAAAUCCCUUGGGUGCACUCCAAACCCUAUGCACUGUGUUUUCACAUCCUGCCAUUAGCACAAAGAAUUGUCAAGAGUACAUGAAUUCAAAGUUUCAAUAAGUUAUAUAUUAGGAUCUGAAAGGAGAAAGGUGACAACUUCUUUUUAUCACGGUAGAUUUCAAAUCUGACUAAAAAGAAUUAGUUAGCUGAAAUAGGGUUGUGUAUAAGCAGUGCUUUUUUAGGGGUAUGUAUACGCAUCCCCCUAAACAUUUCAUGAAUCUAAGUUUGGCCUCAUUGAGGGGCAGUGUUUCAAUAUGAGUAGGAAAAUGAGAGUACCCCUAAACAUUUUUUUAGAAAAAAAGCACUGGGUAUAGGCAUGCAUAGGCCUCCUAGGUUAAGAUUUUUGCCUAACUUUGCUGUGUUGUGUUCACAUUUGUUAAAAUGUAGUAAUUGGGGGGAAAACAUAAACGUAGAGCAGGGAUUUUGGGGGGAGGGUGAAACUUAAUUCCUAUAGACCAUUUUUAAAUUUUAACUGACCCUGUUCCUUUGAUUCCCCCCCCCCAGCUUUACCCCUCAAAAAUCUCCCAUUUAGCAAGGAUUUUUUCUGACAUUACUAAAGGAGUCAUAACCUCAUGGUCAAGAGCUGGGCGUUGUUGGAGUGAAUGGGGCUUUAGUUGACAUAUUAACGCAGUGUUUCUCAAACUCGGGUCUCUCGCUGUUUUUUGUGCUACAGUUCACAUCAUCCCUGACCACUGGCCCUGCUUGCUAGCUGGGGAUGAUGGGAGUUGUAGUCCAAAAACAGCUGGAGACCCAAGUUUGAGAAACACUGCAUGAAAUAUUUAUAUUUGCGGCAUAGCAUGGAUAUUUAAGCUAUUUAAUAAAUUCUUCUUUCUAACUGAAUGGUCUUUAAGACCUUUUUAGUAUGAAGGGUAUUAAUUAUUAUAUGAUCUUACCCAAGCAUCUUAAAUAUUAAUCUUGUGAGUUUUUAAAAAUGGACUUGCUUGGGAAAAAUUGUUCAGUGAAGUUGUGCUCAUCACAGUUCCUAAUUUGUCAACAUUAUUCCAGCAGUGCUUGUGUAUUUUCAGGUCUUUACAUUCUGUUUUAGUUGCCCACUCAGCUAGCGCUACUGAACUUUAAUUUGCAGUUACAUUUAUUUAUUCAUGUGUCUCUCAAGAGACUCACAAACAGAUGGAGGCAACAUCCUAACAUGUCUGGUUUGAACUUUGCAUUUUGUGUCACAACGAGGUCACGCUGCUAACUAUUGUGUGAUGCCAUGAAGAUUUACUUGUGUUGGGUGGUGGUUCAAGCUCUCUGCAAUGUUGCUAAUGCGUCGCUGGAUGUGUGCCAUGUGCUCUGAGGCUCUGUUCAAAACUGUAUUCAAAGCUGUGUAGUCUUUCAGCCGACCAGUGGACUGCUGGGGAAGAAAUACAUUUUAAAAUUGUUAUUCAGGACUCCCUUCCUCUUCCCCUCCUCCAAAUAUGUAAUAUGCAGCUUAGAUAGGCUUUUGUUAAUUCUGUGAAUGUCCCAAAUACAUCACAACUUUUUAGACUUACAUAACUGGGUGCUGGCAGUCGCGUAUAGCAAUGUAUCUGGGGUUUUUUAUAUUCCACAAGUUUUGGGACUUAGGUUGUAGAAUGUGUGUGUAAGGUAAAGGGGGACCCCUGACCAUUAGGUCCAGUCGUGGCCGACUCUGGGGUUGCGGCGCUCAUCUCGCUUUAUUGGCCGAGGGAGCCGGCGUACAGCUUCUGGGUCAUGUGGCCAGCAUGACUAAGCCUCUUCUGGCAAACCAGAGCAAUGCAUGGAAACGCCGUUUACCUUCCCGCCAGAGUGGUACCUAUUUAUCUACUUGCACUUUGACGUGCUUUCGAACUGCUAGGUUGGCAGGAGAAUGUGUGUGUAGCCUGGUGCAAGUGUCACAUUGCCCAACUGCCUAACCAUAGUUAGACAACUGAGAAUGCGUUGUAGACUUCCGUGCUUCUCACGCAGUCUCCUAUCCCAUAGACAUCAUCCUCCUUUCAGUUUCAAAUCUCCCUAAACUGGGUUGUAUGUGUCCUAACAUUUUCAAUAACCAUGGUUAGCAAACAACCUAAUGCACAUGUAAUGCUAACCAUUGUUGGAUCCAAAAUUAAGAGAGAAGAGGAAAUGCCUGCAUCAAGGUAAAACAAUUCAUGAACCUACAGCAGAGAGGGGGAACUUUUCCCUCCAGAUGGUGCUGAACUACAACUUGUAUGAGCCCCACAAGCAUGGCCAAUGUCCAGGAGUGAUGGGAGUUGUAGUUCAGCAAUAUCUGGAGGGCCAAAGGUUCCUCACCCGCCAACAGGGUGUUUUUUUUAUGAGUGUGGUGAUCAGGCACAAAUUUUCAUUUUGUUGCGUGUCCUGGCAAAAAUGGAAAACCAAACAAAACAACAAAUAGGAGCGGCUUCAACAAACUUAUAAAAAUGUAUUCAGAGCUAAAUACUGACAAUGUGGCCACAUAUUACUAAAACAUGAUUUGGUGCUAUAUGGAUGAAGCUGAGCAAACCCAAGCAAAGAGACGGGCUGAUAUGUUCUCCCCUUGUGCGGCGUGGAGGAGGGCGUCACUGGGGUUCCUAGUUUAAAACAAACUGGUUAGUUUAGCAAGCCAGUCUCAUAAUCCAUGAUUUGAAGUUACAGAGUAUGUUUUAAACCAUGAUCGCUGGUUUGACUGUAAAGCUGAGCCAGGAUCCUUUAAAAGUGAGACUAAACUCUGAUGAAGAGUGUCUUCCUGGUUGCAUCAGAGGAGGAGAUGGGACAGGAUUGCGCAAGCUCGAUGCUCAUUUAGGAUUGUCCACAUUUGUUCUUGUUUGGCUUAUGUCAUGUGAAUGAAACUUGCAUGUUCAGCAUAAAAUAAAAAGGUUAACUUUCUCUUUGCAAUUUACCUCUUAAACCAGUUGGUGUAAAAUAGUCUUUCCAGUCUUCUUGAGUAUCCUAUAAAUAUUUGUAAUGUUGUUUAGGGCACAUGACAAGAUGUUUUUGUCUUUUCUAGGUGUCCCGGCAUGAAUGUCGAAUUUCUCAAAUUCAGCAGCUCAAUCAAAUGCCUCUGUAUCCCACUGAGAAGAUUAUUUGGGAUGAAAAUAUAGUCCCAACUGAGUACUAUUCUGGUGAAGGUAUGUGUCAGGGAACUGCCAUCAGUGCCGGAGGGAGAGAGCAAAAUCCAGAGGGAUUCUAGAGAGCGUCCCGGGAUUGGGAGAGGCAGCCCAUCUUUUGGGGAAGAGAAUCAGCGUAGCACCAGUGGAGAAGGGGGGCAGAUGGGGGAAGCGGCAAGGCGGUCCCAGGAGUCCUUGCCGAGGACCAGCGGGGAGAGUAGGGGUCCUCCGCUGCCUACGCCCUCCUUGCGCAGAAGGCUUUCGCGCAGAGAGAGUAGGAGGAGACUAGGCAUCAAAGAGCUUCUUUGCUGGAAGAAGUUUAAGAAACGCCCACUGACGGAUUCUGCCAGCGAUUGAGACAGCCACGGGUGAGUGGCUGUCCGGACAGAAAAGGUUCACUCAGGAAACCCAGCCAGAUGUUUGCACCGGCUUACGCACGAGCAACCCCUAGAACCAUCACAGUAUGUUUUCUGGAAAAUGCUUAAAUUUUAAAUGUUUCUGGUCUGCCACUUUGCCUAAGCAUGGAUUGGUGCAGUUGACAUGAUUGGAGUAGUUAUGAUGAUGUACUAUAAAACCUCCCAUAGGGGGCUGCACUCUGUCUUUAUACAAAUCCAGGAUUGUGAUGUAGUGCUAUACAAGUCUCCAGUGGGGGCUGCACAGUGAUGGACUAGUGCAAAUAUUGUAUAGAGUGAUGGCUUCCCCAAGCUCCCAUACUGAUGCAGAAGAACAGCAUGGAGCUUAACCAACCAGCUCCUGCUAGCUAUGUAAUUUUUGAUGGGGGGGGCGGUCUGAAAAGGAAAGCUUGUGUAGAGUAGGCUCCCCUCUACACAAGUGCCCUUUAAUGAAGUGUGGCCCUGCUCCAUGUGAUUGUAAUUGCAUAAAGGUAAUGGCUGAACAAGUCUGAUGUGAUAAACAAACCAACAAACCAACCAUUCCUCCUCUCCCCUUUUUCUUUCCUUAGGCUGCCUUGCCCUCCCAAAAUUGAAUCUACAGUUUCUUACUCUCCAUGAUUACCUCCUGAGAAAUUUCAACCUCUUCCGCCUAGAGUCUACUUAUGAAAUCAGGCAGGACAUUGAGGAUAGUGUCAGUAGGAUGAAACCAUGGUAAUGGAUGCAACUAUAACCUUGAAGUUGUUGGAUCAAGAAAAACUUUCCUCUGUGUGUGAUUUCUCAACUCCCCCCCCCCACCGGUUUUUCUGGGGCCAUUAGAAAGGUGUUGGGUUUAAUAGAGCAUUCCCUAGGGUGACCUUGGGCUGAAUUUCCUGGAUAAAUUGCAGGAAGAGAUGCCGUACCUUGGGCUUGUUAUUCCCACCUGUAGGAUUGGCGGUCCCUUGGUCCCUUCCAAUGGUAUAAUUUUGUAUAUAUUUGAAAUGAUGUCAUUAGCUUUGGCGUGUGUUAGAGAUCUGAAUGCAAAAGUCUCUUGUUUUGACCUUGCUCUUCAGGCAGUCUGAAUAUGGAGGCGUUGUCUUUGGUGGGUGGGCUCGAAUGGCACAGCCCAUUGUCUCUUUCACAGUCAUAGAGGUGGCAAAGCCCAACAUUGGAGAAAACUGGCCCAUGAGAGUCCGAGCGGAUGUCACAAUUAACUUGAAUGUUAGAGACAACAUCAAAGAUGAAUGGGAAGGUAUGUAUAUGUGUGUAGCUACAGCAGUGUGACGUCGCAUCCCCGGUUAUUUGGGGUGAAUGUUAAGUUUGUAUGCUUGUUGUGUUUAAAACGCAUCUUUUCCCUAUUAAGUCCUGCUGCUUAAAGAAAGAAUGCUAGUGCUCUCAGUAACAGGUAGUUUGGGAUCAUCAGUUCUUCCUAGUUCCAUAUUUUUGAAAGGGGGAAGAAAGCAUUCUUUUAUUGGUCUAGCCGUUCUAUGACAGGAGUGAUUAAAAGUUGGUAUGGGGAUAGCUAAUUCCUCUGAGAGAUUUUUGGGCGUGAGCCCUAUAUUCUGACUCAGAAACCUAUGCCCCCCUUUGUGAGACUGAUCUGGAACUGUUGUAACAAUAUGCAGUAUUCAUUCUGUGUCACCAUCCACCCGUUUUCCUAUAUCUACAAAAUGCCAGUCAUUUAAAAUGGGAAUAUUACUUAGAGCUGCAGUUCUGUAAAUCAAUGGGCAUCAGUAAAUAGUCUGAUCAUGCUAAGUCUACUUGGGUAAUAGAUAUGAAAGGUGAGAAAGAUUCUGACUUAAUUGAAAUGAACAUUUCUCUGAUGGGGUUUCUGUGUGUUGUCAGGACUUGCACGCCACUACAGUCUUCUCUGUGUUCCCUAGUGUAUUAUCUCAAGGCAGUGCUUUGCUGCUUGGGGGAUUAUACUUGGAUUGACCUUUUUGGCAAGAUGCAUAGGAACAACUAUUCAUGCUCUGGGGGGACACUGACGGCUAGUUCGGAAAUUCAGCAACAGACGUGUUUAAGAUACGAUGGGAUUGUGUAAUCCUUUUGGUUGCAUGUCCUGAUUCAAAAUGCAGAGCCUGCACUAAAAUGCACUAAAUUAUUGUGAAUUUUUAUAUUUUUAAAACAUUUGUUUGGAUUGGGAUCCUGGCUUCAAGCCUCAGAUAAGCUUCUCUUCCUACGUUCCUACAUUCCUGGUGGAGAUCUUUGUCUUGGAAAAGGUCUACAAAUGUAUAUGAAUAAGAUAAUCACAUAUUAACGAUAGCACAGGGGACAGAGAUAAAGCUGCUACUGGCUUAAUUAUAUGCAUGUCCUUCGAAAACUAUUUCUGUACUAUCUCCCUUUUGCUUUUCACUGACCUAAAUUGUUCAUUUAUUCAAGACAUUUAUAUACCACCUAAUUAUUUGCAUUUCUAACCUGUGUACAUAAAAGCAAAACACAGAAAAUGGCACAAUAAAACAGUAAAAAUGUACCCUAAAACCAAACACUACCUUAAAUGGCCUGCUGAAACGAGACAGUAUUGAUCAUAUCUCUGAAUUCAGCAAGGAGGGUGGCUGUCUAAUCUCAAUUGGUAGGGAGUUCCCCAGGCUUGGACCCACUACACUGAUUACACAGCUUCUAAUUGUUACAAGCUCUGGAUAUGAGCCAUGUGGGGGACCAACUUUAUGAAGCUACAGUAUAAAAUAACCACUACACCUGCAAAUGAUCAGAAUGCACUGACAUUUUCCCUCCAUUUAGGUCUGCGCAAGCACGAUGUUUGCUUUUUAAUUACUGUCCGACCCACACAGCCUUAUGGUACGAAGUUUGACAGAAGGCAGCCAUUCGUUGAGCAGACAGGCCUGGUAUAUGUGAGAGGAUGCGAAAUCCAGGGAAUGUUGGAUGAUAAGGGCCGCGUCAUUGAAGAAGGUAUGUCGAUAAUAUCUGAAAGACCGUCUCCUUCCCUGCAGACCCUCCUGGCUAUUAAGAUCAGCAGAGGGGGCCCCUCUUGAUAGUUCAGGCUGCCUCAGAAGUUUGGGAGGAGGGUAUUUGCUGUGGCAUAUAAUUUAUCGAGCACCCUCCCCACAGAGGUGCACUUGCCUUCUUCACUAUAAAGCUUUUGGUGAGUGAUGAAGACACACCUCUCUGCCCCUGGCAAAGAUGUCUGAGAUAUCUGUUUGCAGAGCCCAGCCUAUUCUUGUGAUUUGUGAUCGGAUUUAACUGCUUUAAAUUUUGAAUUUUAAAUCAUUGUAACUGUGACCAGCUGGUUAAAGGAUGGGUAAUAAAUAAAUAAAGAACAGCUGAAUAUAUUUAGUUAAAAUAUGAAAGUGACAUCUACAUUGCACUUAACGGUAGGCAUAAUUUCCCCGCUAACAGCAUGAAUGUGAUUGUGGCUCUAAGAUGGUGAAUGUUUCCCUCCCUGUAGCAGCCUGGCUAGGAUGGGCAAGCUCAGAAACCCUGAAUAUGCUAGUUCUUGCCAGGCUGUAGCAGUGCUUAUUCUAGAGAUGGUAGGAACAGAGCUGGUUGACCUGAUCCAUUCAGUGACACUGGCUGGUAUGUAGAGCUGACCUAAAUAGUCCCAAUGCCAGUCACCUGUUUUUGGCAGAAUGGAUCACCAGAUGUGAGCCAGGAAGGGACAGUCUUGUUAGGCAGGGGCAAGGAGAGGAGAAAGGGGCAAGGAAAGUUGGAAUCAGUUGGAGAGGAUUGGCCAUGGUGUGAACAGAUUACUCAAAAGUGUUGUUGUUGUUUUGCAAGGCAUUUUCUGUUUAGUUUAUCUUUCAACAACUUUGAACUUUAUUUGCCUUUCAAUGCAAACAGGACCAGAACCGAAACCAAGACUUAAAGGUGAUUCCAGAACGUUUCGAGUGUUCUUGGAUCCCAAUCAGUAUCAACAAGACAUGACCAAUACCAUCCAAAGUGGAAGAGAAGAUGUCUAUGAGACAUUUAACAUAAUUAUGAGGAGAAAGCCAAAAGAAAACAACUUUAAAGUAAGUCAAGGUGCAAUUUUCUGUUUAAAAAUAAAUGUUGAAAGCAGAGUAUUUUUUGGAACUUGUGUCAAUGUGGGCCAUAUGUCCAUUAAAAAAAUGUGUGGUCCUCCUCCUCCCACUGUUUAGUUGUUUGUCUUAAAUCCUAAACCCAUUCAUGGUGAAACUUCAUGCACCUAAAGAGCUAAAUUUCCAAAUGAAUCUAUUGGAUCUUGGACUCACCAAGUUUCAGAUGGAAUCCACAGCGUAGGUCACCUUAUUAUCAAAGCAACAUUAAAUUUGGGCAAAAGGUGGCUAGUGCGUCGCCUUUCAGAAUUGCAAGCAAUGUGGUUCUGCUUUAUAAGCUAUAAUGUAGUAAUGGUUAAAUUAAGAAUAUGCCACCAGGGCAUCUGCCGCUGCUGCUAGCAGUGUAGGAAUCAUGCUGGUAUUUGGGGUUUUCCCCUUGAGUGAAACAGUUUAAAUCUGUAUUGAAUGCUGAAAAGAUUGCUCAGUGUUCUGCUGAAAACAAAAGUUUUGCCUUCAAAGUUUUUAAAAGGUUAUUUGCAAGGAAAGGACAGUCAGACAACCAGAUAAUACAGAAAUGAUUUGGCAGUGUCUCUUUAAUUUCACAUUUUUCUCAUGUUAAAAGUUAAACCAAUUGAUGAGGCUCAGCCUGCUUCUUGGGAUUGCUCUAUCCCGGAGGAUAGGUUAUCCCUAUCUGCUCUAUGCCUCCUUGCUCACAUAACAGAAAAUAAGGUAAGUCAUUCUCACUAAUGACAAAUGUUGGUAGUGUGUCAAGCAGAUAGCAGACAGCUUGAUUUCUCUGCUGAGCCUGUAGGGAGAAAGAUGCAAAAAUCUUAUGUAGUCUCCUAAAUUAAGCAAACAUGACAGCUGUAGAAGCACAAACAUAAAGCGAUAGCUAAAUAUGACAGUCGGCACUUCGCCAUGGUAGGUCUGCCCUCUUGCCUUUUAUUGCUUGUGGCCACUACAUCAAAGAAAUAUUAGUAUUUUGGAGUUUGUUUCCCUUUAUACUAGUCAUCUGUUGAAUAAAUACAUUUUUCAAAGACGGAAUGUUGCCAUUUUUAACCGAUCACCUCAAAUAACCUUGUGUGUCAUAAAUACAGCUGCUGCUUCAUCGAUUGGCAAGAUCAGGUAUUAUGCAAAUCCAUGCAAAACUCCACUCUUCCUGUCUGAUCAUGAGGUGAUGUCCAUCUGCUACGGCACUUAAAAGAGUUUUAUCAGCUGAGCAGAUAACCUGUUUUACUGUUGGAGUUGCCAAUUGUCCUGAAGUGGUGAAACGAAGAUUAAUGCCUAGUGCUUUUAAAAAAUGGAUUGGACUUUCUAGAAAGAAGAAGGAGUCCUUUGCAAUUAUUGGUGCAAUUUUUAGAAUCCUGGUUGCUUUGGCUUACCUGUAAUCUCCUUUUGUGCCGAGUACCUUUACAUGUACUCGGCCAAUAUUAAUUAGUUUAUAAUUGGCAGCACAGUUGCAUUUAGUCUCGGAAAAGAUAAGGUGAUAUAUUUGGAUCUGUACAUGUAAGAGCCUGGAAGCUUUCAAAUUUCACCGAGGUCUUUAUGAGAUAAAGGGCGUCUAAGUCUGAAACGAUUUGGAGAUCAAGGUUACUGGGAAGGACUUCUGUCCUAAACUCUGGAGAGCUGCUGUCUGCUAGUAUACAAUACUGAGUUAGAUGGACAAGUGACCUGAUGUGGUGUAAGAUAGCUUCCUAUGUUUCUAAUGCCCAGGACAAUUUUUGUGCUUUACUACUUGCAAGGCUGUCAUCCAGAGUUGAGCAUUUCCCGAUGGCCCAGGCCUUUAGGAACAGCCCAUCACUGAUCCAAAAUGUUGGCUGGAGCCCAGACAGAUGUGGCUGAUGCUAGCAGCUGCCAUUUUUUAUUUCCCCACAAUACCUCGUUGGCAUUCUUUAGGAGUGAUAUGGCCUCGGGGCUCCAGAAGUAUUGUGAGGAAAUGGCAGGCGCCAGCAGUAAUGUUGGCUGGCUAGACUGACUGCUUUUCUUUUUGCUGUUUUUGCUGCUACCUUUGGCUGUCACCGCUGUAGCAAAGGUGAAAACAUCAACAAAGCCCUGCCAGGGCACACAUACUAGUCACAUCCACGGUAAGAGGAGAGAUGCCCACCCUGAAGCUGCCAAGUGCCCUGACAAACCUGGCACCGGUCUUGACUUCAGGAUCAAGCUUAACAGUAUGUUGAUCAGCAAGAGAUCAGCUGGACAUUAUUUUUUAUGUCCUGCUCUUCGCUUACAUGUUAGAACUAGUAAAUAUCCUCAAUGCAGAGGAUUAAGUAAAGGAGCCAUCCUUCAGAUGCGAGGCCACAUAUUUUGUUUUAAGAGAAAUUUCACAACUUAAUCCAGUUAGGAAGGGAGACAGGGAACUAAGUUGCUUUUAAGUAUGAAGAUCCCAAACUAUUGUUUAUUAGAUAGAACAGUGCCAUUCUGUACAUAUUUAAAGAGACAUUUCCAGAAUAUUAUAGGGUAAAAAAUAAUUCAUAGGAGGCCACAAAUUUUGACGCUGCUUACUAGACGGCUACAGUCUGGUAUCACCUACUGACUUCUGCCAUAUGCAGGAGACUUCAGACUGAGGGUGUUUCCUAGCAUAUUGGACUUUAGAGCAGGCCAAUCUCCAUGCAGUUGGGUGGAAGAGAGCUUCUUGUUGAGUUUUGGAGCAUGCAGAAGCAGUUUGCAUUGCUUUUGCCUGCUUCAGAGCUCUGCAUGGUAUAAGAAGACCCCUUCCUCAAAGAGGCUUCUCACGUCGUGCUGAGCAGGGACUGUCACCAGGGAAGGAGGGAUGCUAGCUGAUGUCAAGCAGGUAAAUGGAUUUUUUAAAGAGUAUGUACACACAUUUUUAUUUUUUAAAAUUUAUUUAUUUGAAUUUUCAACUUAAAAUUUUACAGAGAUAUAUCAAACAUAGAUCAUAAAAACAAGACUCCAAGGAAUCUCCUGGACUUCCAUCCUCCCCUAUUUGGGUCCUAUUAUUAAUCAGUUCCUCCCACAUCUUUUAUGAUAAUCCAAACCCUUUACUUCUUCCAUUGUGUCCAGAAUCAACCUUAAACUACAAGUGCUAUUCCAGUCCUACUAACGAUCUUAACUGUUUACAGUGGUCUUUAAGAUAAGUUCUAAAUCAGGCUUCCUCAACCUCGGCCCUCCAGAUGUUUCUGGCCUACAACUCCCAUGAUCCCUAGCAAGCAGGACCAGUGGUCAGGGAUGCUGGGAACUGUAGUCUCAAAACAUCUGGAGGGGCGAGGUUGAGGAAGCCUGUUAUAAAUUUUCCCCAUUCCUUAUUAAAAUUUUGGUCUUCCUGAUUUCCAGUCAUUUUAGCCAUUUCAGCAUAGUCCAUUAACUUCUGUGCAGCCAUCUACACACAUUUUUAAGAGUAUUCAUUAUUUGUCUAGUAUUUCAUAACAUGGCAAUAAUACUGCAGGUCACGUUUGUAUAUAUUGUUCCACAUGGAGUACUGAAUGGCCUUGGGGCUGCUUUGACUGACCUGGUGUCUCCACCAAUAAAGCCACUGUUUUCUGGUGGUGACUCGUGAUUGCACUGACACAUUUCCCCUCUGCCAUUGCACUCAUGUAUGUCUUUGCUAGGAAGCAGCUGCUGUGUUUUAUGAACAUCCUGCUCAGACAUUACUUCCUUUGCACAGCUGUGCCCUAAAGCUGCUCUUUCUGGAAUGGUUUCUCCGUGAAUCAGAUCUGGGUGAAAGUGACAAAGUAGUCUGUUUUGAUUAGGAUUUGAAUUUCGCAACCUUUAUUAUUAUUUUGUAGAAUUUUUUUAUUAGUUUUCAAUUACAUUCCAAUAGUAGCCUCAUUAUAACAAUGCAAAUUUAUAAUACAAUUAUUAAUACCAAUCAUUCAAAUACCAAUUAAUAUAAUUUAAUUAAAGUGGCCCCGUGUGCUAGAUUUGAUGGCUUUCUGGUUUUCUUUAUUUCUGCAUUCCAAAAUCUUACUAGUUUCAGUUAUAUCCCAGUCAUAAUAAUAAUCCCUUAUACAACAACUGCAAUAUUAAUAACUUAUUUGUGUUGACAUAUUAAGUGAUUUAUAAAAUGUAAAAUGAGGGACUCAAACUUUAUCAUUGUUCUUUCCUGUAUGUAGCAAUUAUUCUGGCUGUGAUGUUUCUUCCUGUCCUUGUAAGAUGUUAUGUCUUUCUCCUGAUUGUUGCUGUUAUCCAUCAUGCUUUGGGCGGAGCUGAUGUCCCAUUGUUGUUCCAGAACUUUCUCCAUCACUCCAUCCCAUGCUUUGUUGUUUUGCACCAAGAACUUUUAACAAUAGCUGCAAAAGUCACUCUGUCCCAGUAAAUAAACUGUUGUCACCAUUUCCCCCCCUCAGCCUGGAAGGAAGUGCGGUCUGUCAAACUACAGAUGACUCAGUAAGAAACCUUUAUCAGUUCCUUGGCAGCACACAGACUCCUUUCAUCCUUCCAGCUGGAUAUAUAUGGCCAAUUGUCCUUCCAAUUAAAUUAAAUUCCAAGUCCUUUAGCGUUAUUCAGUUCAUUUCAUAGAUAAUAAAGGAUGGGAAAGAAUCAGCUCUUAAGUUUCCCUUCCUUUUUCUCUUCUUUACACACACAGUUCCGUUUGAUGUUAUAAUCCAUAUUUUUAAUUCAAUUUCUUCCAUCCUCACUUGUACAAGUAUAAUUUGAACUAACAUUCAGGGGAGGGUUGCCAAAUCAUAAGUAUAGAGAGGAAACCAAACUGUAGGCUCCACUGCCCCCCACCGUCUUUUGCACUGAACGUAGUCUUCUCUCAAAUUCAAACCUUAACGACCUUGCAGUUGGUUCUGUUCCGCAAUUUGUGAUCUCAGCUCUUCUAGCACGCGCCUGUACUUUAGUCCAAUUAAGCUCUAAUUAACAGGAGAACCUCUGCUUCUUAAUGGCAGCGUAGGAUGCUAAAGUGAGGUUAAGCAAACAGCUUCCAGUCUCCUCAUGGAGCCACUGGAGGACAAGGGGGCAUGGCCAAACAUAAGGCUCACCUAGGCUCAUUCUCAUAACAGUAAACCAUAGUUUAUUAUUAUGUCUCUUUGAUUGAGGAGGGGCAGAAUUGGUUUAAUAGAACUAUUUUAUGUGGAUUAACCUUGAAGUUAAAUUGGGGCUCGAUCGGUAACAGCACUUAAGCUUGUUAGAUAAGCAGUCCUUUAAAAGUCCCCUCCUGCGUCUUAUUCCCCACACCUUGUGUUUUCUCACUGUUUUUACAUUGUAACCUGGCCAUUAAUGCCCUGAAGAAUUCAGCUACCAGUACUGCGCAGGAUGAAGAAGAUAGAAUAUAAUCUAUUUUGUCCACCUCUGUUACAGAAUAUUCACUCUGCAGCAAAUAGCAUGUUUGUUGUGAUUCCAUGUUUACAGCAACGUUCCUUUUUUGGCUAAUGUUCCUGCAGAUGAUAUAAAGAUCAGCAUCAUAAUUUUAUUUUAUUUUUUGUCAACUGCACUGAAUUUGCUCAUUCUAAUGGGAUAGUUUGGUAGUUAGAGGCUGUCCAUAAAUACUUCUUGUCUUGCUGAACUAGCUCUUUGUGGGCUGACGUCAGCUGAAAAUCUAGUUACUGAUUCAGUCUGACCAAACACCUGUCAUUGGAAGAGAACUUAUUUUCUCUGAAACACACAGAAAGGCUGAAAUAGCUCGUGAAGUUGAGUGCAAAUCUGUUUGAUACCAGAGUACAAAACUGGCAUUAAAUCAUGUCCUGUUUUAUUUUAGGCUGUUCUGGAGACUAUAAGGAAUCUGAUGAACACUGACUGUGUGGUUCCUGAUUGGUUACAUGACAUUAUCCUCGGUUAUGGAGACCCAAGUAGUGCUCACUAUUCAAAAAUGCCAAAUCAGAUCGCAUCCCUGGAUUUUAAUGAUACUUUCCUCUCCAUUGAUCAUUUAAGAGCCAGCUUUCCUGGAUACAGCAUUAAAGUUACAGUUGAAGACCCUGCAAUGCAGAUUCCUCCAUUCAGGUGAAUUAAGAAACACCACCGCUCAAAUACUGCUCAUGUUCAUUCCAAGUCAGGCCUGCUCCCAUCUGAUUCUCAUUUUCUUAUGCAUGGGCAUGCCUGCCAUAGAAAAGCAUGCUAAUGGUGGACAGCUUACGUUUCUGUGGAAUUUGCAUGUGUUGCACUGUGGGAGAACCACACAGAAUUUUCCAGAAGGGCUCUUUCACACUGCUAAUUCAUAAGGUGCCAUCUUCUGUUUGACUGAAUUCCUGACUUUGGUAGCUUUACAACAGUGUUACCAAAACUUGGGUCUCUUGCUAUUUUUCUACUACAGUUCCCAUCAUCCCUGACCACUGAUCCUGCUAGCCAUGGAUGAUGCGAGUUUUAGUCCAAAAACAGCUGGGGACCCAAGUUUGGGAAACGCUGUAAAGCAGUGUUCCUUCCAUCUUCCAUCUCUUCCCUCAUGAUUUUAGGAAUGCUGUUUAACAGCAAUUUCCUUCUUUGCAAUUUUUAAUGUAUUGUACAGUGGUACCUCGGGUUACAUAUGCCUCAGGUUACAUACGCUUCAGGUUACAGACUCCGCUAACCCAAAAAUAUUACCUCUGGUUAAGAACUUUGCUUCAGGAUGAGAACAGAAAUUGUGUAGCGGCAGCACAGCGGCAGCAGGAGGCCCCAUUAGCUAAAGUGGUGCUUCAGGUUAAGAACAGUUUCAGGUUAAGAGCGGACCUCCAGAACGAAUUAAGUUCUUAACCUGAGGUACCACUGUAUGUAGUCUCUGUUCUUAUUUUUUUGCCUUUGUCUCAUGGCUCUAGAAAUCUACUUUAUUGAUAUCUUGAUGCCUGUCCUGCCAGUGCCUGCAGCAACUGCUGUCCUGUAUAUCAAAUGGUCUCCUUAUCUAGUCUCUCUCCUAAAAAACAACAACUCUUAAAUUAAGAAAAGGAAAGCACACACACCAUACUGUGUUCUCAUGGGUUUCAGUCAUCUCAGAUUUAAUCUUCCCUGCCUCAUGCUGUCAUCUUCAUUUUGUUAUAAAGGUCAAGGUUUGAGGGUACCGGGGCUAGCUAGUCUGUGGCGGAAAAUAGUUCAUUGGAAGAACAGUCUCAUGUAAGAAAUAACAUGAAGCUGAAGAACAAUGAUUUCCCUCAAUAGGAUAACAUUUCCAGUCAGAAGUGAAGCAGGAAAGAAACGGAAAGAGUGUGAUGAAGAAAAAGCUGAUGGCUCAAAAACAUUGAUUGUUGAGCCCCAUGUCAUCCCCAACAGAGGACCUUACCCAUAUAAUCAACCCAAACGGUAAUAUCCAUGUACAUCUUUCUAAAGGGAUCAGUGUUGAGCGCAUUUCCGUUACAAAAUGUCUGUCAGUGAAAUAGUUUUUUAAAACAUGAAAUCAUGUUUAUAGGUUUGGAUUUGCUUUCUCUGUAAGUUGUUCUUUCCAUAUGUUUCAGAUGUCAUUAUUUAGUUUAUAAAUAUAUAUAUAUUCAGAUGAGAAGAAUCAUUUUCUUGAGGUAAUUGUCAAGUGGGUUAUCACAAUUUACUGCUUACAGAGUAUUAAAGUGAUCUUCAGAUGUGCAAAUCAUAUUUAUACAGCUAAGUCAGUUUUGUUGGUAAAGAGUAUGUUCUUAUCAUUGUUGCAUUGUUGAGUGAGCAGCUCCUCAACAUAUUGUUGGUGUAUUUUUGUUUUGUAUGGAGUCAUGCAUGUUAAAAUGACAUUUAGCAGUAAGUAUCUAGUCCUUUCAAGCUCAGUGAUAAAAUAUGACUUCUGACGUUGAUCAAAUUAGCUGUUUUGGUCAAUGGCUUUGCAAUAUCUAAAUUACACGUGAUGAACCGUCACUUAAAAGUUUCAGAACAGUCAUGUAAUGACUUGGAGUACUGUAGUGUUAUCUCAGCCCUAAAGGCAGAAAUUGAUUUCUCUUGAUAUUUGUGAAUUCCUUCAUCUACCCAAAUAAUGUAAAAAGCAUAUUUUAUUUAAACAAGUUCAGGUCUCCUUGACUGCAAAGAAAAAUAACAUGAAGGAAAAUAUUCAUGAAGACUAUAUUGAAUAAAUUCAUAUAACUUCAGUUUAUUGUCUCAUGCUCUGGAUUAACUAAAUUUACUUUAAUUCAAUUUUCAGCAAUACAAUUCAGUUUACCCAUACACAGAUUGAAGCUAUACGUGCAGGAAUGCAACCUGGAUUGACAAUGGUAAUGAUGCAUAUUAUUACAUGUUUCCUCUUUUAUUAACAAAUUAUGCUUUUAAAUAUUGGCUAAUCUCUGAAGUACAUGCAAUUCUUAUUUCUUCUGCCCACUGUGUAAAAUUAAAUGGUGCCAAAAGCUCGGUGUGCUCCUUAACGUUGAGUAGGUUUGUAUUUUUCACUAGACACUUAAAGUGGGGAAGGAGAGGGGUGAAAUGGAAUUUUUCUCAUAAAAAAAAUAAAGCUUUACCAGCUGACCAAAACAUUUCCUUUGACUGGAAAUUUUUGUUCAAUUUGUGGCGGAGCCGAUAUGAGUUUCAGUAACCAGAGUAAUAGCUUUAUUAGUAAUCAGUAAUCAGAGCACAGGCUGCCCCGACCUUAAAUGACCUGACCUAACCCCGCCCGUGUCGCCAGUCGAUUGGCUGGCGUGGUAAGAGAUAAUCCCCGUGAUUCCCAAGUCCCGCGGGGCUGAGCUAGCCCCGCAAGGUUGUAGAUGGGGCGUGAGCCCGCAAACCCCCCCCCUUAUGUCGGGAGUGGCUUAAUCAGAGUAAUAGCUUUAUUAGAUCAAAAGCAUUUUUAAUGGCUUUUAUGGGAGCAAAUUCCUCCUUUUGGUUUUUCUAUGGGGUUUUCCCUUUUUGGAGAUUCAGGUAAUAAUAAUAAUAAUAAUAAUAAUAUAAUAUUUAUACCCCGCCCAUCAGUCUGGGUUUCCUCAGCCACUCUGGGCAGCUUCCAACAAAAUAUUAAAAUACAAUAGUCUGUUAAACAUUAAAAGCUUCUCUAAACAGGGCUGCCUUCAGAUGUCUUCUAAAAGUCUGGUAGUUGUUUUUCUCUUUAACAUCUGGUGGGAGGGCAUUCCACAGGGCGGGUGCCACUACCAAGAAGGCCCUCUGCCUGGUUCCCUGUAACUUGGCUUCUUGCAGCGAGGGAACCGCCAGAAGGCCCUCGGCGCUGGACCUCAGUGUCCGGGCAGAACGAUGGGGAUGGAGAUGCUCCUUCAGGUAUUCUGGACCGAGGCCGUUCAGGGCUUUAAAGGUCAGCACCAACACUUUGAAUUGUGCUCUGAAACGUACUGGGAGCCAGGUUCACAAUAGAACCGUUAAAUCAGAUGCUGGGGACCUCCAGCCUACUGGCCAAAUUUGUCCUAGGAGGCUGUUUUCCCUGAGCCACACCCUGUCAUAUUAUGCCAGCUUUUGGGCAACUAAAGACAAAUGUAGAAUCAGCAGUCUUAAAAGUAUACUCCUGAUUGUUUUUGGCUAUUGGGUACACUAAGGAGUUCUGCCAAUGCCUGCUGAAAGCAGGGCUUGCAUGGCCCAGCCACCUGUCCAGGUGGCCCAUUGGGGAUGCUCAGGAUCCAGCCAGCGGGCUGUAUGCUGUUUGCUACCCCUGCAUUAAACUCUUUAAAUGUAUCUUCAACAUGAUAAUGUACACAGCCUAUGCCCAGAUGGCCAGGAUCUACUUAAUUAUCAUUCAGGUCCUUGGGAUUCCCUUGCCAAUUAUUUCUUCUCACCUUCACAUGCAUUCACAUGUAUGUUUGUAUUUACUCCUUACCUAUGGGUAGUGUUGUUUUUUAAAAAACCACUCACAGCUCUGUUCUUGCCUAAUGUAUACUUUUUCAGCAGUUUGUCCCCCAAUGAGAAAUUCCUUUUCUUUUUGUAGGUGGUGGGGCCUCCUGGCACAGGCAAAACUGACGUGGCAGUGCAGAUAAUCUCUAAUCUCUAUCACAACUUCCCUGAACAGAGGACCCUGAUCGUUACACAUUCCAAUCAGGUAAAUGAACGUUGUGCCCUGUUAUUCCUAUGACUGUUCCUCACUUCAGUUUCAGAACAUGUAAUGCAGCUUGCAGGCAGUCCUUCAAAGAAAGAGUUUUAUCUAACUAAAAGAAAAAGAAAAAGGUAAAGGACCCCGGAUGGUCAAGUCCAGUCAAAGGCGACUAUGGGAUUGCGGUGCUCAUCUCACUUUCAGGCUGGGGAAGUUGGAGUUUAUCCACAGAAAGUUGUCCUGGUCAUGUGGCCAGCAUGACUAAACCGCUUCUGGCCCAACAGAACACUGAGACAGAAACCAGAGUGCACAGAAACGCCAUUUGCCUUCCCGAAGCAGCAGUACCUAUCUACUUGCACUGGCGUGCUUUCGAACUGCUAGGUUGGCAGGAACUGGGACAGAGCAACGGGAGUUCACCUCAUCACAGGGAUCCGAACCACCGAUCUGAUCGGCAAGCCCAAGAAGCUCAGUGGUUUAGACCACAGCACCACCCGCGUCCCUGCAUUUACCUUUUUAUCUGGGUAUCCUUAUGUGCCACUGUGGAAUGGGAGGCUUUAGGCUCUGGUGAAGCUGAGCAAAGUCUCAGCAAGCACUGUGUGGUACUGCAUUUUAGACUCAAGAUUUUAGCCUCAAGACAGCAUCUCCAUGCCACAUAGAGAUGCUGCCAUCGUGUUGUAUGGUGUCUUCACAUGUAUUCUGCAUCAUUGACUUGGGGGAAACACACCGGGGCCCAGUUUGCAUAUAUCACUAAGCCAUAGUUUGCUUUUUAAAAAAAACAAAAAAGCAAACAAAAAAACAUGAAUCAACCACAAGUUGUCCCACCCCUGUGGUAAGGUGGUCAGAACAAACUGUGAUAAAGUGUGCUGGUUUCACAUUUAAUCAUUGAAACAAACCAAGGUUUGUAAGCCAACAACAACCCAUGGCUUCAGCUCAGCUCAUGGUUUGUUGGCAGUAAAUGAACCAUAGUUAAGCCACUUAGCAGGGUUCACACAUAAUGCCAAACCAUGGUUUAAUAAACCAUAUUGUUUUAUAUGAUACAUAAUAAUUACCAAUAAAUCACAGAUCAAAUAAAUUGCUAAAUUAUGUAUCUGAGUAGGCUUGCUGAAAUAAAUAAAUAAAACAGCAGGUGUCUAAAAACAAUAUAGUGAGGGUACUGGCCUAAUGUCAAUAGGCAUUAGACUAGAUAGGAACAUUGCUCUUUUCUAGAAGGGUUUUUAUCAACAGGUUUAAAUCUUAUACAGCCAUACCUCCGGUUGCGAUUGUGAUCCAUACAGGAGGCACGUUUGCAACCCGCAGCGUUCGUAACCUGAAGCGCCGCAUCUGUGCGUGCAUGCACGCACGUGAUGCGAUUCAGUGCUUCCGUUCCGGUACUUCCAGGUUCGGCGCGGUCCGUAACCCGCAGCGUUCAUAACCCGAGGUAUGACUUUACAUAGGUGUAUGCUUGGCCCAGUUGGAUUGAAAAAGGGGUUGGGUUCUUUGGAAUCAAAAGGCAAGCUUUCCUUAUGGUCCCCAGUGCAAAUAGCCUCUUCAUAUUUGUUUCGUUUCAAUUUCUACCAAAAUAGGAAUGGUUUUUCUAACAUCCAGGGUUUCCCCGUAAUAGCAUCUGGAUUCCUAAAAUCUACUUUCCUGUUGCUCUUGUCAAUCUCCAGGCCUUGAACCAGCUGUUUGAGAAAAUCAUGGCUCUCGACAUUGAUGAGCGCCACCUCCUGCGCCUUGGUCAUGGGGAGGAAGCACUGGAGACAGAGAAAGAUUUCAGCAGGUGAGCUGAUAGCUCAUAAGAAGCAGAACCAUGUAAAAUGUAUGCACAUAAGGAAGAAGGGUAGAGAAGACCUGUUAAUCGUUUGUUUUUAUGGGGGUGGUUUUCUGUUGGGUGGCUUGAUUUCUCUGAACAGCUGAAGGGUACUUUAUUUCUGAGUCCUGCAACCUGUCCAAAAGCUCCAGGAGUAAUGGAAGCAGAGUGACUCCUUUAGACUGUUUCCCUUGAAUAUAUCAUAUAUAAGAAGGGAAGCUGCUGUGAAUAAUUGUAAAAAACCAAAUACAAAACCAUUUCACAAAAGGGAUUUAAUCCCCGCCCCCCCCCACCACCUUACAAUAAUAGAACCCAGGGUCAUCCAGUGAAGCUGAAUGGUGGGAGAUUGAAAUGAAAGAAGAAACUGUUUCACCCAAUGCUUAGUUAAACUACAGAAUUUGCUACCCCAAGAAUGAGUGAUGGUAAUUGAUUUGCAUAGCUUUAAAAGAUUAGACAAAUUUAUGUUGGAAUUUCACUGACUACCAGUCACAAUAGCUAUAUUGCCUCCAGCAUCAGAGGCAGUGUGCUUCUAUCAUACCAGUUGUUGGUGAUCACAACAAGCAGGAGUAUGCUGUUGUACUCAAGUAGCUGGGGUAGCUCUGUUGGAAGAGCACGAGACCUUAAUCUCAGAGUCAUGAGUCUGAGCCCCAUGUUAGGCAGAAAGAUUCCUCAUUGCAGGGGGUUGGACUAGAUGACCCUCAUUGUUUAGUCAUUUAGUCGUGUCCGACUCUUCGUGACCCCAUGGACCAGAGCACGCCAGGCACUCCUGUCUUCCACUUCCUCCCGCUGCUUGGUCAGACUCAUGCUGGUAGCUUCAAGAACACUGUCCAACCAUUUCGUCCUCUGUCGUCCCCUUCUCCUUGUGCCCUCCAUCUUUCCCAGCAUCAGGGUCUUUCCCAGGGAGUCUUCUCUUCUCAUGAGGUGGCCAAAGUAUUGGAGCCUCAGCUUCAUGAUCUGUCCUUCCAGUGAGCACUCAGGGCUGAUUUCCUUCAGAAUGGAUAGGUCUGAUCUUCUUGCAGUCCAUGGGACUCUCAAGAGUCUCCUCCAGCACCAUAAUUCAAAAGCAUCAAUUCUUCGGCGAUCAGCCUUCUUUAUGGUCCAGCUCUCACUUCUAUACAUCACUACUGGGAAAACCAUAGCUUUAACUAUAUGGACCUUUGUCGGCAAGGUGAUGUCUCUGCUUUUUAAGAUGACCCUCAUGGUACCUUCCAAUCCUACAGUUCUGUGAUUCAUGUCCCAUUGUGGGCUUCCCAUUGGCAUCUGGUUGGCCACUAUGAGAACAGGAUGCUGACUUGAUGGGCCUUUGGCUCUUCUUGUGUUCUUAAACUACAAUGCAAUGCAAUGCAGCUUUGAAAACUAUGAAGGAACUCCCUUGUUCAGAAGUGACUUGCCAUUCACUUUGGAAGGUGGUUGUUUGUGAAACAAAAGUUCAAAUCUUCCUCAGGUGCUUAACACUAAUUGUGUGUUUGUGUACAUGCAGCUUUUUUCACAGUCCAGAAUCAAAUUGGUAGUCAGCAAAACUGAUUCAACCAUGUACCUCAUUCUUCACUGUAUUAAUCUGAUUUGCAGGUAUGGAAGAGUAAACUAUGUUCUAGCACGGAGAUUGGAGCUUCUGCGGGAAGUUGGCCGAUUACAGGAGAGUUUGGGGGUCCCUGGUGAUGUUUCCUAUACUUGUGAAACAGCUGGCCACUUCUUCUUAUAUCAAGUAAGAAAUUAAAUAAAGAUCAGGCGUGAACAUAGCAUUCUAAGGAACUUAGAUGGGGAAUUGGGAUGAAGUUCUCAGAACUUGGACUGAAGAACCCGUUGUUUCACUCUCAAAUGCAAAUGGCAACUGAAGCUAUAAUUAUGCUGUUACUUCUUUUUGUUCCUAUUGUUUCCACCCUGUGUGCGAUGAGUCAUAAUUAGAAAGGCCAAUGUUCUUGCUUUGUGUGACUUUUGGCAAGGAGUCUGAACUGGCAUACCCUUUCUGCCUUGAUUAUAUAUUAUAUAAGCAGUAACCCACCUUGAAUGUUGAGAGAUGCAUUCUAAAAGAAAAGAAAAUACUUUUUAUUAUUUGCAGGGAAUCUCGGUGAGAUGUUUCAUAUUUCCUAAUGAAAAAAGUUAUUUCAGUGUGUUUGUAGAUAUGUUACAAUAUGGACUUACAAUGGUAAUUUAAAAUGUUGAUCUUGUGUUCAUAGACUAGGGUCCAGGUAUGCACAAGUGGAAGGUACUUUCACAUGCCCAUAGUUGGUUUGCUGAUUUCUGUCUUCCAGCUACAUCUCCUUGGAUGUCUUGAGUCCCACGCUAGAGAGGGGAUACUUUAGAGCAGGCAUGGCCAAACUUAUUUUUGGGACUACAGUUCCCAUCAUCCCUGACCACUGGUCCUGUUAGCUAGGGAUGAUGGGAGUUGUAGUCCCAAAACAUCUGGAGGGCCAAGUUUGGCCAUGCCUGCUUUAGAGGUUCCAGUAGAGCAUGGAGAAAAGGGCCUAGUGCUCUCCCAGUGUUCUGUGCAAAACGCUUCGGAUUCUGGCCGUAGUAAAUAUGAGAUUGCAAAAUAGCAAUGUUAAUGUGAUCACUUUUUUCCAGGUAAUGUCUCGUUGGGAAGAGUAUAUGAGCAAAGUGAAAGUUAAAGGCAGCAAACCUUCAGAUGUUGCUGAUAUCUGCAACUUCUUUCCUUUCCAUCAGUAUUUUGCAAAUGCCCCUCAGCCAAUUUUUAAAGGCAGAUCUUACAAUGAAGAUAUGGAAAUCGCCGAAGGAUGUUUUAGACAUAUUAAAAAGAUAUUCACUCAGCUCGAGGUAAGGUUUAUAAGAAGUUAACUGUGGCAUUCCUUUUUCUGUUAUAGAGAGGGAAAGAAAGUUCUGAUAAUGAAAUGAGUAGCGCUUCACAUACUAUACACACUAUGUAUAUUGAAUUUUCAUAAGGUCCUGUAAAUUGAAACUUGUCAAACAGUUAAAUAAUGUAAACUUGGAAACUUUCUUGGGGUUGCAAUUCUUUGAAGAGAAAUGGUUAUACAAAAGAUCCAGCUGCAUUUGUGUGUGUUAAAUUCUGUUACUAUAAAGUAUCCUAUCAGGAGUGUUUUAAUACCUGAAAUGAUAAGAUUUAGUUUUAAAAAUGUAAGUCAUUGGAGAUAUAGCAGUAUUAAAGUGGAUUUUUUUUUUUACUUUGAUGAGAUUGUCCUAAAAAAUAAAGACUAUUUGAAGAAUAGGGUUGAGCAAAGGGAAGAUGGAGCCUAAAACAGUAAUCUUGGAAAUACUAAAAACCAUAUGCAAGAAUAGAAUUAACAAUUGGUGGGGUGCUUGCUUCUAAAAGCAAGUAUCUUUUUUCAUUAAAUGAUUAUGCUAUUCAGUUAAAUGAAUGAAAUUAGAAACAUAUACAUAAAGUGGGCAGAGUUUAAUAAGAGGCUAUAACUUUUCUAAGAUCCUUUUGUAAGAUGUGGGUUAGAAAGCAUAUAUCAAGCAAUAUUUAAAUCCAUUUAUGAUGAAAUGUUACUGGAACAUCCUGCAUGUUUGCGUAUUUUGUCUUAUGUUAUUAUUUUCAUAGGCAUUCAAAAAAGCCUGUCCUGGUGGUGUUGUGAAUAUGAUGCUUGUUUUUAAUGUAUCUCAAAAUUAAUAAUAAAACCUGGGGGGGAGGGUAGAGAAAAUUGAUCUGCUCGUCCUUGUGCUUAGAGGUGUUUUUCUCUUGAUCAGGGAUCAAUAGAUCACUGUUGAUUAGGGAUUCUCCUAAUUUUCCCAAAUGUGCCAAUUUUGAAAUUCUGCAUAAAGACAAAUAUAGAGGAAGACAGAUUGGUUGUCUAUGCCCAUCUGUGGAACCCUGCGAUUGAUUUUAAAUUAGGGAAGUACUUUAUGCCCAAACAUCUGUCUCUGACAUUCAAAUGAAUGGGAAAAUAUGUGUGUGUGAGUUCCAUCUGUGCUUCAGAGCACCCACAGACCCCUGGAUUUUGCAACUGUUUUGUUUGGUGGCAAGUUGAAAGUCACACAGUUUUAUUGUAAGCGUGAGUAUUCUGCAUUGUUUCACAGAAGUGUGGCUGUCAACUAUUUUCUGUAGGAAUUCCGAGCAUUUGAACUGCUCCGCAGUGGACUGGACAGAUCCAAAUACCUGCUUGUGAAGGAAGCAAAGAUCAUUGCCAUGACCUGCACGCAUGCUGCUUUGAAACGCCAUGACUUGGUUGAGUUGGGUUUCAAGGUAACACCACCGUGGACAAAAUGCUAAGGCUUCCCUGUAUAAAUUGUGUGUCAUCUGCUGCUGUUAGAGGGUUAUAAAGGCAACAGGUAGGAGAAGGAAUGCGUUGCAAAUUGGCAAAAAGGAUGGAUGCUGGAUUCAAUUGGCCACAGCUUUAUUUAGUUACUUAGCUAUGUCAUACACAUAGGAACACUGUGGCAGAAGAUCAGUACUAUUCUACCUGAUACGGACUGUGGAACUGGUUUGCCUGUCCAGCCUCUUUUGUCCCUUGGGUACCAUGGCUCAAGCCUCAGCCAUGAAGCUCUGUACUACACCAUAUGGAUAGGUAAAGAGCUGGUUGUAGACCCAGAAGCCACCCAGAUCUCCCGGAUGUCUCACACCUUCACCAUCCUGGAGGGAAACUAAUUACCAGAGCAGCCCAAUUCUGAAAUGUUCUCUUGUGCCAAGAUAACUUCUAAUAGUCACCAAUCUAUGAGCCUGCUCCUCUCCCCUACCUACUUACUUUCAAGAUCUGUUAGCAGGUACCACACACAUUGUGAAGUCUAAUUGCAGGCAUACCAAGCCAAGAACAUACAUGUCAAAGACACAGAAAACUCAUUCAAAUGUUGGUUGUUUUCAGCAUCCUGUCAGGUUUGAGCUUGGUGUAGCUUCACUAUAUCCUGACUAGACACGUUCAUAUCUUUCAGGUAGCUCUGUUUAUGCAAGCAAAAAAAUGAGAAACCACUACUCAGAAAGUCAAAUUAUACAAGUUUUGCUAUAAGCAAAAUACAUUAUGCACAUACUAUAUUAUUUAAUAAAUUACCAGAUGCUGUGUGCACGUCGUCGUCGUUUAGUCGUGUCCGACUCUUCGUGACCCCAUGGACCAGAGCACGCCAGGCACUUCUGUCCUCCACUGCCUCCCGCAGUUUGAUCAAACUCAUGCUGGUAGCUUCAAGAACACCAUCCAACCAUCUCAUCCUCUGUCGUCCCCUUCUCCUUGUGCCCUCCAUCUUUCCCAACAUCAGGGUCUUUUCCAAGGAGUCUUCUCUUCUCAUGAGGUGGCCAAAGUACUGGAGCCUCAGCUUCACGAUCUGUCCUUCCAGUGAGCACUCAGGGCUGAUUUCCUUCAGAAUGGAGAGGUUUGAUCUUCUUGCAGUCCAUGGGACUCUCAAGAGUCUCCUCCAGCACCAUAAUUCAAAAGCAUCAAUUCUUCGACGAUCAGCCUUCUUUAUGGUCCAGCUCUCACUUCCAUACAUCACUACUGGGAAAACCAUAGCUUUUACUAUACGGACCUUUGUUGGCAAGGUGAUGUCUCUACUUUUUAAGAUGCUGUCUAGGUUUGUCAUUGCUUUUCUCCCAAGAAGCAGGCGUCUUUUAAUUUCGUGAAUGCUGUCACCAUCUGCAGUGAUCAUGGAGCCCAAGAAAGUAAAAUCUCUUACUGCCUCCAUUUCUUCCCCUUCUAUUUGCCAGGAGGUGAUGGGACCAGUGGCUAUGAUCUUCGUUUUUUUGAUGUUGAGCUUCAGACCAUAUUUUGCGCUCUCCUCUUUCACCCUCAAUAAAAGGUUCUUUAAUUCCUCCUCACUUUCUGCCAUCAAGGUUGUGUCAUCUGCAUAUCUGAGGUUGUUGAUAUUUCUUCCAGCAAUCUUAAUUCCGGCUUCGGAUUCAUCCAGCCCAGCCUUUCGCAUGAUGAAUUCUGCAUAUAAGUUAAAUAGGCAGGGAGACAAUAUACUGUGUGCACACCAGUAAGCAAAUGGCUUCCGAUAUGAACUAAUCAUUCCCACAUUAAAACGAAAACUUAACAUAUUUCUCUUUGACCUCCUAGUAUGAUAACAUCUUAAUGGAAGAGGCUGCUCAGAUACUGGAGAUUGAAACUUUUAUACCACUCCUCUUACAGGUAAGAACACUUGCAGCACCUCAGUUUAUGACCAUUAUUUCAAUGUAAUUAUUUUACUAUUUGUACUUAAGAUUGUAUUGGUUAAUAACAUUUUUUUUUACCAUGCAUGAAAAAAGAAACAUUCCAAUUGACACUUUCGUUAUGAACAUUGGAAAGCCUUAUGAAUAAGGAACAAUAUCAGGAACCCAACAAUGUAGCUGGGCUCAUCUGGAUUUAAAUAAGAUUUAUGUCAAGAAUUUGCUUUAUGUAGGAAUGAUUUGCACAGGAAAGAAGACCACAUUACUUGCUUCUUAACACACAGUGGCCAUGGAAGAAAAGACUGCAAGUGACAGUGUUGUAAUACAGAAGAAUCUAUUCUUCCUAACAGGUGUUUUUUUGCACCUCUUCAUUUAUGAAUACAGAAUAAAGAUAAAGCUAUACAUUUUUCUAGCUUUGAAAGUAAUGUUCACCAUAGUACAGUAAAUGUAGAGCUCAAAAAUAGUGGUCACUAAUAGUUCUAGCAUUUCAACCCUAGCAUCUUGCUUGUUUUCGAUAGAAUCCCCAGGAUGGAUUCAGUCGACUGAAGCGGUGGAUUAUGAUUGGGGACCAUCAUCAGUUGCCACCAGUCAUUAAAAACAUGGCUUUUCAAAAAUAUUCGAACAUGGAGCAGUCUCUUUUUACGCGCUUUGUCCGUGUGGGAGUGCCAACUGUUGACUUGGACGCUCAAGGAAGAGCAAGAGCAAGGUAAGGCAACAAGAAAAUAAAAAUUAUAGGAGGUCUUGUAUGAAGGAAAACUGUCCAUACAGAUAUUGAAGCCUACCUUGAAGGCUAUGUAUGCCUAAUGAUUACUAUAACAAGUUUUUCUUAGAGGUGGACUUUUCUCUCUUGUCAGUUUCAUAACAGUAGCCACUCCACCUUUUACAGUGUUCAGAUUGUAAUACUAAGGUUAUUGAAUGAACUGAAGAAGGCAAAUAAGCCUUUUCAGAUCAUGCAUUACUUCUCUAGGCUAUAAUGAUGGAGGAGGAGCAUGCUGUGAAUUGUGCUCAGUGACUCACUCAGGUGAUACGUAGUGGUAUCAGCAAAUACAACCUAAAGUGAACAUUGUUUGUAGGUGAAUAAUGACUAUCAGUUCUGUUCCUUAAAGCCCUCUGAAACAUUGAAAGGAAUUUUGUAUCAGUAUCCAGUGGACUCAACCCAUUAUUGCAAAGAUUUAUGCUUGUGCAAUGGAGCAUUCUCUCCUCACCCUGAAACCUUCUGGUUUGGAGGGUCGUGUGAACCCCCCAGAACAGAUUUGGGGGGGCAUGGGGGAGGAUAGAGUGAAAGUUCUGUUGAGCAAGCAUAAAUCCUUGCACUCGCACAGGGGCCAGAUUUUGACCGUUGGGCAGGGUCACCCACCUAUCAAUCCCAUGGUGUCACAAAUGAAAUUGAGGGAUUUGGUGCCUUGAAGUCCCAAAGUCAGGACUUCAAAGCACAAACAGGCAGCAAGAUGCUGCUUAAAGGAAGGUCCCCUCCUUUGUUUCAGCUGUUUCACUGCAAACCCCUUUAAGUGCUUUGAAAUCUGUGUUGCAUCUCAUUCUGCUUAUUGGUACAAUUCCAAGUGCUGGCGAUUACCUGUAGCAAUUUAAAUAUUUUAGACCAUAACAGGAGUCUGAUAGUUCUAAAUGUGUUCACCUUUGAUUGUGAUUCUCAAUUUGCUGAAUUGUUCUCCUUCCUUGCUCAUUGUCCAGUAAACGUGUUUUGUAAUAAUGUAUUUGCUUUUCAUGCAUGAAAUUUAAUUUUAUAGGUGACAUGGAGAAUAGUAAAGGAAUAUAUUCACUCAUGUUGACAAUUGACAAUAAUUGUCUUCAAAUCUAUUUCCCAUAAAGCUUAUGCAAUCUCUACAACUGGCGUUACAAGAACCUGGGUAACUUGCCACAUGUGCAGCUCUUGCCAGAAUUCAGAACAGCAAAUGCUGGUUUCCUGUAUGACUUCCAGCUCAUAAAUGUAGAAGAUUUCCAUGGCGUAGGAGAAUCUGAACCCAAUCCUUACUUCUAUCAGGUAAGGGGAAAACAAUUCAUAAUAGUUUUGGUACUCACAUCAGGGUGUUUACUUACUAUGAAAACAGAAUGCAAGUUUUAGUUUUGUAAUAUUAAGUUAAAUUGCAAGCACUGGGCAAUAGAAAUCUCCCCUCCAUCACUACCACCCCAGUGUACAAUAAAAAUAUAACUUAUGGGUUGCGGGUGAUGGAGACCAGUUGCAGUUCGUGCCACUUGGCUGGAAGUGGGAAUGUUCCUUUCUGAGAGGUAUAUGUAAAUAUGUGUGCAUAUACAUCUGUAUACUACCAUAGUGUCUUAAAAAACUGUCGCUGUACAGAUGCCAAUAGCAUUUAAAUUUCCUUUUUUCGCUCUCAGGAAGUCAUAUCAAGGAAAUGUCUUUAAUAGGCAGGAGUCAUGUUCUCCCAAGUGGUGGUUUUGCUCCAACCUUGCUGCAUGAAUAUUAUCUGACCAAGUGCAUAAAACAAGUUCCUCUCCUUUGCAGAAUCUUGGUGAGGCAGAAUAUGUUGUUGCCCUGUUCAUGUACAUGUGCCUGCUAGGAUACCCUGCAGAGAAGAUAAGUAUCUUGACAACCUAUAAUGGCCAGAAACACCUCAUUCGGGAUAUUAUUAAUCAGCGUUGUGGGAAUAACCCGAUGAUUGGAAGACCAAACAAGGUAAUAUUCCAGAUACUAUUCACUUGCAUCUUCCUUCCUUCCUUCCUUCCUUUCAUAUAUUUAUAAACAAACCUACUAGUAGGAUUUUAAGUUUGUUCACUGGUUGAGUUGAUUGCUGCCUGUGGAUUGGAUGCCACUAUGUCAUUUGUUGUUUUUCCUGUCUAAUGUUGAGCCUAAAAAGCAAAUUAGGCACAGAGAUUCUAGCUGGUGAAUUGCAGGAGAUAAUAUAGCAAAUUAUAAUUAGAUGUCAGAUUUAUAUGCAAAUGGAUUUUUGAGUCAUUAGUUCACAAAAGGCAUAGCUUUGUAUCUUGAAGGAGAAUAUUUUAAUUAUUCAAGACUUGUUCAAAAGCAAAAAUAAGCCCGGAAAUAGAGCACAAGAUGUUAUAAUGGCUAAUUACAUUGCAUAGGCUUUUGCCAAGGUUUGCCCCAUAGCGGUAUUUAUAAGCAACAUCAAUUAAGAUUAGGAAAACUGUAACCAUUAGUAGCUACAUUUCAGGAAUCACAUUACUAUGCAAGAACAUGAUAUACGGCGCCUCUUAAAUUUUGCACAGAUGUUUUUUGAUGAAAACAUUAAAUUUUAAAUAAGCGAAGUAUGCAUUUUCUUUGUAUUCCGAAAACACUGUAGUUAAGGCACACAUCUCUGGUUUUAGUGCAUAUUUCAUCAUUUUUAUUGCAUAAAUGGCCUUUGGUGCAUAUAUUACAGGAAUAAAACAGUACCAGGUACUGCAUAUGUCACCAACUAAAAGCUCCAGUUUUACAGGCUUAGUUUUGGAAACAUUGGAUCUAACAAUGGUGACAGUGUUCUCAAGCAACCCUCUGAUCCCCAGGAAGGCUACUGAAAGACUAUAGGAUGCUGUGGACCUCCCUCUGCACAUGCUUUCUGGUAAUAUGUUGUGGUUCGAGAAUCCGCAGGAACCACAGCCUCCUUGAUUCCCAGACAUGCACAUUUGUUUAUUCAUAAAUCUUUUACAUCCCAUUUCCUCAUUAAUAUGUGGAUUUUUAAAAUAAACAAGAUUUGUAUUGAAGUACAUACUUAAAUAUGUAUUUUGUCCCAGUGUACACAUUUCUUGAGGAAUCUAUCCCAAAAUAGACAUUUUGGAAAAAUUCAGAAAAGUGAGAAAUCCAAAGGAUAAUUCCAUUCUAAUUUGUAUCUUAGUCUGGGAGGUAUAAGUCAGGUGAGUUUGCUUAAAAAUGCACACGAACAAAAUUUUCCUCCAUCCCUAACUCAGAAGCUGUGUUUGUGCCUGCACAGUCAUCCGGAUUUCUCCGAUUAUGUCUACGAGUUUCCAUUACGAAGACGGGUGUUUUCCCUGUUGCCCCGUUCCUGUUUGCAAUGGAGUAAAUUUCCACCAUCUUUUCAGAAAGAAGCCUUUCAGCUUAGCACCAAAAGGCCAGCUUGCUUUCACUAGCCUACGAAGCUGUACUUCAUAGUUAAUUUUCCAAAUGUUCUUUGGAAAUCUCAGUGAGAUGCCAGUGAAUUAACACUCUCCAUGUUUCUGCUAGGUGACAACUGUGGACCGGUUUCAAGGUCAGCAAAAUGAUUAUAUCAUCCUUUCACUUGUGCGAACUAAAGCGGUUGGCCACUUGAGGUAAGUAAUAACGUAUCUUUGCAAAGGGCAGAGUCCAAGUAGUGUCGUGCGGUAGUCAUAAAGAUGGCUUGGGCAGAGCUCAGUAGAGCCUUGUUUAUCUCUCACCCAUUCAUUACUCAGAAUGUAUUUUCCUGCAUGUAGAAUCCUCCAAACUGCAUCCGCUACAUUUGUGAGUUGUGAUAAAUUUAAUUGGGUAUCAUUGGUGCUAAACCUCAACUGGAAUUAACUCUUGCAAAGAUGACUGAUCAACCUACGCCUUAGUGAGAUGUGGAUCACGAUAAUCCCCAUAACAGUAAAUUAUCAUUCCUGUGGUAUUUGAAUUUGCAUACAGACCCGCAAGUAAUAAUUGGAGUUGUUGAUAUUGUAUCUAAAAGGUGAGGUCAUUGUGAUCAGUGGCAUCUCCAGAGCUUCGUAGGAGAAAGGGUGCAGUGGUGGGGAGGCAGACCAUUAAGUACCUUUAACAGUUGAAGAGGAAAUAAAAUGUUUUGCAGGUUUUCCUAUGUCAGAUCAAACUGCAACCUAAUGGUGCUUAAAAUAUUAUCCCCAUGACCUCAGGAGUAGAGCACAAGCCAUGCAUGCAGGAGAUCCUAGCUUUAAUUCUCAGUAUUCGGGUAGUUCUGCAAAGUUUGUGGCAAUUGUAGUUGAUUCUAACAGUGUGUCAAUUUCAUUCUUAUUUCUUGAAGGGAUGUUCGGCGUUUGGUGGUUGCUAUGUCAAGAGCAAGACUUGGGCUUUAUAUUUUUGCCCGAGUAUCGCUAUUCCAGAACUGUUUUGAGCUGACUCCAGCUUUCAGCCAGCUCACUGCUCGCCCUCUUCAACUGCAUAUAAUCCCUACGGAGUAUUUUCCAGCAGCCCGGCAGGUAUGGAGAGCUGUCUUGAAUUACAUAAAUACAGUCCGAUUGAAACAGUGGGUUGUAUCCAAGUAGAGUUGCACUCACACAACAAGACUCCCCCUUCUUCUGCUCCCACCGUGCACCCACAAAAUCUCCAAUCCUUUGGAGCAAUUUUUGAGCAUGCACCGGUGGCGGGAGGGGGAGGAGAAAAAGAUGAAUUUUCAUUGCACAAGUGGAAGUCUGGUUGUCUGAGCAGCACAGGGGGUUGCAUGCUACCAAAGGAGUAUAGCUCAGUGGUAGAGCAUGUGCUUUGCAUGCAGAUCACGUUUCAUUGUUCAGCUAUCUUCUUCUUUUUUCAUCUUUUGAAUGUGUUUGAAUACCUGUUCUUAACUUCUUCAGGAGUUUUAAUAGUUUGUUUUAUAUUUUUGUGAACUGCUUAGAGGUUUUCUUACAGUUAAGUGGUAUAUAUAUUUUUAUUAAGUAAGGUAGGGCUAGGAAUGCCUGUUGCCUAAACUCAUAGGGAUCAGUGUAAACAAUCCUGAGCUAGAUGGACCAGUGGUCUCCCUCAGUAUAAGGGAGCUUUGCCUUUUCCUUCCUAAGGCAUAAGUUUUAUUGGUUGGAUUUUGAAUAUUUUAUCUUACUACAAAAGUGCUCUUAUGUUCAUUUUUUUUGCUUUAAAUAUCUCAAUAGUACUUUUCCCCCUCCUCUAGAAUGGAGAACACCCAUCUCACCAAGUCCAUGUUAUAAAGAAUAUGCCUCAGAUGGCCAACUUUGUGUACAACAUGUAUAUGCACAUGAUACAGAAUACACGCCAGCACAGACAGGUAAAUAUUACUGAGAGUUGAGAAAACGUACUUUUUAAAAUUGGGAAUGCUUUGAGUGAAAGCACUCUUAAUAAAUCUUUGAUAAGAAGUAAGUUAGUAAACGUCUGACCUCUUCCUUUGAGCUUGCAAUAGCAGUGUUUCUGAAAUCUGUCAUACAAUUGGUUUCAUACCUUCAGCAUUAAUUUGAGUCUUCAUGAAGCAUAACAAUUUCAAACCUAUUUUUAUAAAACAGGAUGAUAAGGCCUUACCACUGCCUUGAUGUCCUCAUGUUUAGCAAAACAAAAAAAUUCAUUUGGAAGUCUGGCUGAUUAUGUUGAUAUAAAUCUGGAUAGUUUUUUGAGGUGGGGGGCAGUCUUAAAAUAUUCUCUUGGGAGAAAAAUAAACCACUUGAUGCCAUUGAACAUCCUGUGACAUGAAAAACACCUUUUGCAUAUUGGUCCUACUGUUCUGCUAGAACAAGCUUGUUGAUGUGAACAGGAGUUGCACUGGCUACAUUCCCUGAAAAACAGUCUGCAUGCUCAGUUUAUGUUCGAACACUUACAGGCUAUAGUGCAAUGACUGGAUAACCUUGUAAGUCCAUAACUCAUGCAGACUUGCAGCAAAUGCUCUGGUAUGUAUUCUCUGUAGCACUACUGAGAUGUUAUUUUUAACAUCACAUUAGUCCAUACUUACAAAAAGAAUCGAAUAACCGUUAUCAUGCAUGGAUACCAGCUGCAUCGCAGAAGGAGUCUCAUUUUGUAUCCGGCAGCAUGAAAUAUAUAUUUUUCCAGGGACAAAGGAAUCCCUUAUUUGAGAGAUUCAGCUUUCCUUAAUCCCUAUAAUUAGUCUCCCCAAAAUAGCAUUUUGGCCACAUAUUAAGAGAUCCAGAUAUAGUAAUUUCAAAGUUUGAGUGUCGUUCUUGAAAUCUCUCCUCUCCAUGACAUGGCUGUCAGAAACAUGAGUUAAUAGCAGAUGCAAUUUCAGUUUAAUAGUGUGCGGAAAUGCUAGUGUGAAAGAGCUCAUUGGAACAAUGAAAUGGAAUAGUGGAAGAGAUGUGGAGGAAGGUGGGUGGGGUUCUCUGCUAUCUUUCCAGAGUUGGAAAUGGAUUUUUUUAUUUUAAAAAGUUCCAUUGUUAUUUCAUAAAUACAUACAACACAUAUACCACAAUCCAGACAAACAACAAUAACAGUGUUUUAAUACUAGAAUUCUACUGGAUAUGUCUGGUCUUAGUUGGCCAGAGCAAUUCUAACUCAAAUUUAUACCAGGGUCAGGGGAUAAGACCCUGGCGAUCAGCCUACAGAAUGAGUGUCACAUCCACUGCCAUGCUGUUUCAUUGUGGCACCAUUUUUCUUUUGACUACUGUGAGAAAAUUAGUUGUGCCAACUCCAGAGCUAGCAGAGAGCUGUGACAUUUUUGUGAGGGUUUUGGGGAGAUGAGCAGACUUUGGACGUGGGUUAUCCACACAUGCACUUUACCCCUCCCCUUCUGCCAGCAGAACAUCUCUGUUUAUGUUCUGCUGCCAUACCUCCAUCUCGUACAACAGAACAACACUCAUACAACUUCCCUUGGCAUCUCAGGUCGCUUUACAUUGCUCCAUAGGUCAACAAACCCAAUAAACAUUGACAUUUUCUUCCCAGUGCUAGUAGAGCCUGUUCAAAUGUUAUAUUGCCUUGUACCUUGAGCAGCAACUCGGGAGUCAGCCACUGUUUCCCCCCCCACCUGUCCUUUGAUCCCUGUAUUGUCAUUAGAAUGUAACAUCUGAAGCAAGAGUCUCAAAUGGAAUUUCUUGGUUUGAAUGCUACUUCCGACAUAUAAUGAAAGGAGGCGGCAGGAACUGUGAACUCCAGGACUUUCCCCCAGUCAGUGUACUGAUGGAAGGGGGAGGGUUAACAUCUCUGGAGUCUCACAGUGGUGGGAUUCCUGCUGCAAAAGCACAAUUCAGGGAGAAAGUCUAACUCAGUGGGAGAUAUGUAAACUCUCAGGCCAUGCAUUCUCUUCACAAAAGUACUAUAAGUAAAAUAAAAUUACAUAAUUCUUUACACCAUUCUCAUCCCCCACAUAAAGUCAUGGAUUUGUAGAAUUGGAAGGUACCCCAAGUGUCAUGUAGUAGUCCACACCCUGCAAUGUUGGAAUCGCAACUAAAGCAUCCAUGACAGAUGGCCACCCAACCUCUGCUAAAAAAUCUCCAAGUAAGGAGGUUUCCCAAAGGAGUCCAUUCCACUGUCGAACAGCUCUUACUGUCAGAAAGUUAUUCCUGAUGUUUAGCCAGAAUCUCCUUUCUUGUAAAUUGAAGCCAUUGGUUCAGAACAUACCCUCUGGAGCAGGAGAAAACAAGCAUGCUCCCUCCUCCAUGUGACAGCCCUUAAGAUAUUUGAAUGUGGCUAUCAUAUCUCCUCUUUACCUGGCUAAACAUACCCAAUUCCCUUAUAAGAUUUGAUUUCCAGACUGCUUAUAAUAUUGGUCGCCCUCCUCUGCACAUGUUCCAGCUUGUCAAUAUCCUUCUUCAUUGUAGUACCCAGAAAUGAACACAGUACUAUGGGCAUGGUUUGACCAAGGCAAAAUAGAGCAGGAGUAUUACUCAAUCAAGACACUAUACUUCUGUUGAUACAGCCUAGAAUAACAUUAACUUGUAUUUUUGCUGCUGCAUCACACUAUUGACAUGUUAAGCUUGUGAUCUACUAAGACCCCUGGAUCCUGUGCAGCUGGUUCUUCCUGCCUAAGUGCAGAGCCUUACAUUUGUCCCUAUUGAAAUUCAUUUUGUUAGUUUUGACCCAGUUCUCAAAUCUGUUAAACUAAUACUGAAUCCCGAUUCUGUCUACUGCGGCAUUAGCUACCCAUCCCAGUUUGGCGUCAUCUGAAAAUCUGAUGAUUUCUUUAUCAAAGUCAUUUAUUAAAAUGCUGAACAGCAAUAGGCCCAGGACAGAACCCUGCAGCACCCCACUUGUCACUUCUUCCUAGUAUGAUGAGAAACCAUUAGUGAAUACUCUUUUGGUUUGGUCAGUCAACCAGCUACAAAUCCAUGUAACAGUUUCUUUUCCAGCCCACAUUUUACCAGCUUCUCUGCAAGAAUAUCAUGGGGGACUUUGUCAAAAGCCUUAAGGAAAUCAAGAAACACUAUGUCCACAGCAUUCACCUGACCCACCAAGCUUGUAACUCAAUCAAAAAAGAAAUGAGACUUGGUUUUUUAGAAACCCAUGCUGAGUCUUCGUAAUCACAGCAUCUUUCCUUUCUAAGUGCUCACAAACCAACCAUUUAAUUAUCCAUUCUAGGACCGGUCAGUAGUUACCUAGGUGUUCUUUCUCCCCCCCCCCCACUUUUUUUUUUAAAGAUGGGGACAACAUUUUCCCACCUCCAGACUGCAGGGACAUCACCUGUUCUCCAAGAAUUCUUAAAUAUUCCUUUAUAAGACUUCUGUGAAUCACCUCAUUUGUAGCUAGCCUUUUUGAAAUUGCAUCUCUCACUUGUAGAAUCUCACGUCAAAUAAUACUUUAUUUGUUGUUUAGUCGUUUAGUCAUGUCUGACUCUUCGUGACCCCAUGGACCAGAGCACGCCAGGCACUCCUGUCUUCCACUGCCUCCCGCAGUUUGGUCAGACUCAUGUUUGUAGCGUCGAGAACACUGUCCAACCAUCUCGUCCUCUGUCGUCCCCUUCUCCUUGUGCCCUCCAUCUUUCCCAACAUCAGGGUCUUUUCCAGGGAGUCUUCUAAUACUUUAUUACAUAUCUUAUAACCAAUGACAGUACGCUAUUAAGUAAAUUAAUUGUAAUUACAGUCAGCAAGCUGUACACAUGGAAUUCCUGAGCAGCAACACCUGUAUUCACAUGCUAGUACAUUAUUGAAUUGUAUUGAAGUCUUAUUUAGGAUGCCUAGGUUGUCCUGAAUUGCAUUCAAAUAUGGGUCUGUUUAUAAAACAAAAAGCAGGCAUUUUCAUAAUGAAUUGUUUAAUUUUCUUACUAGCAAAACUUGCUGCCUCCUCCAACACUUGUUGAAGAAAUCGAAACACUUCAAUCUCAGGAAAGUGAAGAAGGUCAGAGCAAAGAUCUUGAAAUGGAAACAGAAACUGAAGUCAAACCCACACCAAUGGAAACUGCAGAAGAGAAAGUUUUGAAUGAGAAACAAAAGGUAGCAGAGGAAAUUGAGGAGGAGCAUCGGAAAAUGCCUGAGCAUCCUGGAAGAGACAGUGAUAGUGAAGACAGUGAAACUGAAGAUGGCACAGAGAAAUGA